GGUGCGCCGAGUGGCGCUGCUUUGUAAGGGCGCCCGGCGAAGCGGCUGCGCUCCAGUCGGCGGGAGGCUUGGCCAGGAGGAGGAGGAGGAGGCGGCCCGGAGUUGGAUCGCGCGCAAGACGCCGCCGCCGCCACUGGGGCACGUGCUGCAGCCGCAGGCGGCAGACCUGCAGCCUUGCAGCCGGACGGACGCCUGCCUGCCUGCCUGCCAGCCUGCCUGCCCGCCUCCUUUCACAUCCUGGAGCAGGGUGCCGCGGCCGCCUUUAAGCGCCGGGAGAUCCCGCCGGAGACCCUUGCCUGGGUGAUCUUGGAGAUCCUCGUCGCAACUUACCCGCGAAACAAGACGACGCAUUUAUUUCCUCAGGUAAAAAAAAACAACACAAAAAACCCGCAUGGAGAGGAAUAGAUCUGUGUCAUGAACAGAGAGAUCUUCACCGUAUUCUUCUUCUUCUUUUAAAACAAAUAAAUAAAUAUUGAGUGGGGGGGCAGGAGAGUCUCUCUCUCUCUCUCUCUCUCUCUCUCUCUCGGGGGACAAUGUUUUAAGACUAAACACCCUUGACAUUGCCCACUUUCCCCCCUCUUUUUGUAAGAGAGUCCCGUCUCUACUGGACACAGUUAACUUUAAAAGGUGCUAAGCGAAGCAAAUUGCCAUGAAUUUUAAGAUAUAUAUAAUGGCUCGAAUAACACCCUUCUCCUUAGGUACAAGUAUUUUCUCAUCCUCAGCAAAUUUGAUGGAUUUAAGAGAGACGGAGAGAUGUGGGAAUGUUUUUACAAGGGAUGGAAUAAUGCAUUUUUCUACAUCCCUCCCAUAUUUAACGCUCCGGUGAAAGAAUCCUAGAGGAUAUUAUCCAAUCCAUUAUUUAACCCUCCCAUCAUCUUUACCUGAAAUGUCACCUGUAUUUAACUACGUUUGGAAGAGGGGGAGAUAGAUGUGCUGUUGCAAAUUGCCGGUGCUCACCUAAGGAUAAGAAAGCAGCGGCAGAGACGGGCAUGCAAGGACCCACUGCAUUCUCCAAUUCCCAAUCAAAUCUUCCUCUUUUGUUUGGAUUAAACAAAAGGAGUCACACACAAAGGGGGGAGGGGGAGUCGCGGUACUUUAACAAAAGGAAAAGGUUCCAGAAUGUUUUUUAAAAGUCUUAACUAUGACAACUUGGCAAGAUACAUUCAUCCAAGAUUCAGAAGAUUGGACCACUUUUAGAACAUUAAGUGAAAGAAAAUAUUCUUUUUUUCCCUCUCCUUUGCCCUUGCCAUGCUUGUUUCUAUUUAGGAUGCAUCUUCUUCCUUUUCUAGGAUGUAAUUAUUGUUUAGGGGAGGAUGAAUCUGAUGAGGGUAACAGCUUCACUUUCAGUGCCACUCUAAACCACUCAGGUGCAAACAAGGUCUAAUUACCCAAAUGAGAGGCAUGAGCUCAGCAUCCUCGCUCUCUGACUUGAAGCCAUAAUCAGGUACAAGAGGGACCCUGGGCAAAUUGUAGUUGCAUAUUGGCGAGAGGUGAGCACUCGGUGUUCGCUCGUGGGGAUCGGCGUAUUUCCGUGCUGAGCUGUGACAUUACAGAGAUCCCACAGCAAAGCCCUUGAUGAGAUGCAGCUCAAAUUAAUCAAUGUACAGAGCAUGCAAUGGCAGUGAAGACCUACAGUCGUGUAAGUUCUGUACCAAUGUAAUGCAGGAAAAGGUUUAAUAGAUGUGCUCUGGACGGCAGGCAUCCCACAUCUGUGCCGAGCCGAGUUACAAUGUCUGAGGAUAAAUGCCAGGCUACUAAUAUCUCUUGUGCCUUGGAAAUCUAUAUUCCAAGGGGAAGUUGUGCAGGUGCAACUUCUGUCAUGGUGUUGCAGUGAUAGAUAAGCCGUAUCUGCUGAAUAUCUCCCUGCCACAUAGAUUUUAAAAACAAGUGGAGACAGUUUUUGAUCCAGAUUUGAUCAUAUGAAUCUUGCCCUCAGUCCAAAGAGAAAGUGAAGGAUCAUAUCUCCAAAGCAGGGAGAUGGAGAAAGUGUAGGACUUUCGUGCUUUUUGUAUAGCCUGAUCUGCUUCUACAGUCCAAAACAGCCUUAGCAAUCUAGCAUACUCUCACGCGCAACUAUGCUUGGCUUAGAACAGGGACCAUGGAGAAGAGGCCAUUGCAGCCCUGAUUAUAUACGUGGGCUGGCUGAGGGGGGAGAAGAAUUGCAUUUUGAUCAAGCUAACCUGAAGUGGCUAUUGAAAUUCAGGACUGUGAUGUGCCUGGAGGAAGUUGAGGGGCUGCCAGCCUGUUUUAUUUGAGGCUAUUACAAAGUGAUGGAAGGUGCUAGGGGACAGCUGGGGGGGGGGGGCACGUAGAACUGAAAGGGCAAUCAGGAUUAAGGGGAGAAGCAGAGCCAAGGAAUGGGAGCCAGAGACUGGAAGAGGUAGAGGAGUAAGUAGCUUGAGAGUGACUGGCAAUGGCCGAUUUCUCUAGACAAGAGCUCAGAAAUAUGGCUGCCUGGUCGCCAGCGGUGACCAUAAAUUUAGUUCAAGUGACCAGCAGGGAAAGCUUCCUGUAUAUUCUGCCACACCGUUUUUUAAAAAACCUGCCAGCAACACAAGGAGGUGGAGAAAAUGUCCCUUUCCACAUGGUGCCUGGCUGUCUGACUUUGCGCUGAGAUACAGCAUUUGUGUCAUGGGUUACAAACACAUCCGCUACCCGGCUCUCGUCCUGUAAAAUCUUCUUGCCAGGCAGUGGAUAUAAAAGAGGCAUGCUGUGGAGCAGGAAGCAAAAGAAGAAGAAGAAGAGUAAAAUCUCUCUGCCAGUUAGAAGCAGACGUUGCCUGUCAUGCCCAGGCCUGAUCUACAGAGCAGAUGUAGACAACAUGGUGCCCUCCAACUGUGGCCAGACUCCAAUUCCCAUGAUCUCUGACUAUGCCGGCUGGGGCUGCUGGAAGUUGGAGACCAGCGUCUGAAGGAUGCCACGUUGGGCACACCUGCUAUAGAGGCCAUGAGUGUCUUCACACAUUACUUGUUUGGGGUCACACCUGAAAGGAUAAAGUGUGCCUAACAUGGGUCUUGCUGGGUCUAUGAGACGGGACUGUGAUCAGGGCUUUUCUGUUGGCUCAUUUCUUGCUGUGUAAUGUGUGAAUCGGCCUCGGGAGAAGAAAGGAGCAUUACAAGUCAAGGUGGGGGAUAGAACUAGUACUGCAGAAAGUAUUGGAGGUGCAAGUUGUAGGCCAUUGUGUAGCAGAGGGAGAGAGGAGAGGACCCUGAGAGCAAAGGAUGAUUCAAGCUGAGGUUAGGACUGGGGUACCAACCUUCGAAUGAGCUGAAUGCACAUCUCACUGUGUCUUGUGUGUAGAAAGCUUCCAAGUCCUAGCUACGUACAUGUACUGUGUCCUCUGGUGCAGGAUCAGGAACCAGUGUCACCCCUGCAAGAGUUGCAUUUGCUUCUGGAGGGAUUUGCAUCCAAAGUCAAACCUCUUCAAGGGACUCAAGGCAACCUGGCAUUACUUGCACUGCUGUAUUUAGCAUGCAUGUUUUUCACAGCUGCUGGGAGAUAAUUAUUGAGAUUGCAGCAGGUGGAGACAAGGGAAUGUUAGUCCUGAUUGGCAGUGCAGUGCCCUAAGUGUUUUCCCCCAAGUUUCCCAUUGCCAGAGUGUCCUCGGAUUUCACCAUGUAUGUUUAGGCAUGAGGGGACAGCAAUGUAGCCCCAUGUCUUAAAUAUGAAAUUUGUGCUUUGUGUUUUGACCUGGAUAGCUCAGUCAGUACAACAUGAGACUCUUAAUCUCGGGGUCAUGGCUUUGAGCCCCAUGUAGGGCAAAAGUUUGCUGCAUUGCAGGGGUUGGACUAGAUGACCCUUAUGGUCCCUUCCGACUCUGAUUCUAUGAUUUGCAGUAGCAUUGCAGUCACAAUAUAAAUUUAUGCACACACACACACACAUUUAUAAUUUCUCCAAAAAGACUCAAGAAACUGUAAUAAAAAAAAGAAUAAAACAAGCAUAGUCCCUGAAAUACAACAAUGGACAUUUAAAUUAAAAAGUUAGCAGUAUCCAACCUGUUUAACAAACUCCAGCAGCACAAAGGUGACAUGGAACUGACCCAGCAAAAAUCAUGCAAUUAACUAAAAAACUUUUUUUAAAAAGCAGCAGCGUCUUCAGUGAUCACCCAGCACAGUGUAGUGAUAGGGCAUGAUUGACUUUGCUCAACACAAAUCCCACAAUACAAAUCCCAACCCUUGGCUACUGAGAUGGAGGGAAUUGGAACAGGCCCCUAGAUGAUGAUGGCUCAUGGGGUGUAAAACAUACAGAAAAUGGUGGUUCCUAAGGAAUCCAAGCCCCAAGCUGUUAGGAGAUUUAAAAGAUUAACACCAGCACCUUCCCGUUGAACCUGGAAACGAAUCGCUGAUCAGCAACUAGCCUGAAUUGCAUAGAACUCAAAUCACCUGCUGGCGUAAUGCCUUUUCCCACUUGUGCAACAGGAAUUUAGUAGUGACUGCCAUCCUCAUGCAGCUGGCGUAACUUGAAUAUAGGAUUGGCUAUGUAUGUGGCACACUCUGUACCUAAACGCUGUUCAUUGAGCGAGAGCUGUGAGUCCCCCUGCAGGGGGGUCAGAAGCAUGCAGAGUAUGAUUGCCAUGCUUGUCUCGCAGGAGCACCAGCAGCCUCUUAGCAUCACUUUCAGUGCAUUUAACUCUGCACUGAAUAAAAGGCCAGUGGGAGGAGGAGGAGGGAACCCUGCAGCAAUUAAAACUCUAUAUUGUGUGUUUUGAAAGUCUAUUGAUACAGAAUUAAAAGCAUGCUGUAUGCCAGAGCCAAUCAAAAGUACCAACACGCUGAAUAUCCAUUAAUGAAUAUCCAUUAAUGAAUCAUUUCCACUUUUUGAGCAACGGUUGCCCAGAGAAGUGUGAUAUUCUAGGUGCUUUUAGAGAGAGCAUUGCUGAAGGGCGGCAGGAAUAGGCAGCCACCUUUGAUGUAAGGGGAAGCAGCAUAUCACGUUUGCACAAAAAUGUCACAUAGGGUGGACAUGACGGACAUUGGAGCAAGAGGAGAAGGGGUGCUGAAUUUUGCAUGCAGCGAGUCUGUUUGGAAGAGUGAUGCGCUGUAAAUCCCAUGGCAUUUGUGUAACGUAAGUGGCAGAACUGUGAUCUCAUUCAGGUCUCUCCCAAGGCCAAACUUGGUUGGUGCCCGUAGCAUACACAAGUGUGCACAGACACACAUGAGGAAUAUGUUACAGGGCUGAUGUAAUAUGAUUGUUAUGUGCUUCAGAUGCAUUCUAUCAGUGCUACAUGUUAUUAAUGAACUCACUUCACUUUGGCUAAUGCAAACUAUUCCAUCUUCACCACCAGAAUCAGAAAAUGCAUUGAAAUUCAUGAAAUGUUGUGUCGCAGCGGAGAAACAGAAGCAAGUGUUCUUCAUGUUGACUUUGGCAAUAAUUAUUUGGACUAGAUUUUGGAAAGUCCUGGCAAGAUAGAGUUAAAAAGGAGGGGGCACUAGUUAAAGCAUUUAAUAACUUGUUUGAAAAUCCUAUAAAAAGAUGUUGAACGGCUAGUCCCCAACGAUUUGCUUUAUACAAGGAGUCUUCAGGUUUUCAGAUAGGAGGAAUGAUUUCAUACUUUAAAAAAAAAAAGUAAGAUGUCUGGAACUCCAUUGUCUCAAUGAAAAAUUGUAGCGAUAAGGAAGUUAGCUUUGCAGACUAGUUUAAAUUGUAGCUUUUGUGUGGUGUUUAAUCUAUGUUCUUUCCUCAUAAUCUUUACAACGCUUUCUUUGUACUUUUAUUUUCUGUUUUUUGGAAAAAUGUAUUAUUCAGAGCCUGCUCUGAAAUUUGGACUAUGUGAUGCUCUCAGUGACAUAAUCAGGAGCCACCAGGGUCCAAAUUCACCCCUUGUCCCCUGAAAACUCAAAUUCUGAGAAGCCUCUGAACCCCUUCCCUAUUUAUAGAUAGAUAUUUAUUUGCAUCAGCCACCAGCCACCGAGUAUAAAAUACAAACAUGUACAAACACAACUAAGCUGGUAAAAUGACCAGCCUUUUCCUUUUCUUACCUUCACUUUCUUUGAAACUCACCUGAUGGCACAGGAGGUCUCUCUGGCAACCUGUAAAUCCUUCUUUCUCUCGCUGAAAUAGCAAAGUUUCAGGCACCAGGAACCCUGCAAAAUGCUGUUUCUCCUCAACAACAGCAUCCUCUGCACAGGGGCACCUGGACCAUGUCAUUUCUACAACACCUGGUACCCAUAUAAGCUACUUGUGCCUGCUAUGAAGCUACAUGGCCCAUGGCCCUUUGCCCCCUGGGUUGGUUCCAUUUAAGGGAGCUUCCACAUGGGGAGUUUAAUAUUGUAGAUGGAGCGCUGGCAACAGGAUUUUUUUAAUUCACAAGAUUCUAAAGGUGGGAAAUAUGUGGGCUGGCGUUUUGAAGCCCGUAAUGUCACGUGGACCUCAAAAACCUGCUUACACAGGGAGCAGGGAUCCCACAGUGAGCACCCACCUGGGAACAGCUGCAGCUUAUUGGUGAAGCACCUGCAGAAGUUCUGAGACAGAGAAGCCUCCCUGAAAUCUGCUGUCUGUCAGUGUAGAUAGUCCUGGACCAGUGACUUCACUCAGUAUACGGCAGAUUCCUGACAUUCCUCACCCAUCUGAAAGCACCUUCAGUGUCCAAGACACCAGAGAGCCAGAGUGCAAUGGAGUUAUCACAGAAAUAGCUUUGCUGAAGCCUCCCUGGUGUCAGUGUGGUGUAGUGGUUAGAGUGUCAAGACUAGGACCUGGGAGGCCUGGGUUCAAAUAUAAUAAUAAUAAUAAUAAUAAUAAUAAUAAUAAUAAUGUGGGACGCGGGUGGCGCUGUGGGUUAAACCACAGAGCCUAGGGCUUGCCGAUCAGAAGGUCAGCGGUUCGAACCCCCGCGAUGGGGUGAGCUCCUGUUGCUCGGUCCCAGCUCCUGCCAACCUAAAGCAUGUCAAAGUGCAAGUAGAUAAAUAGGUACCGCUCCAGCGGGAAGGUAAACGGCGUUUUCGUGCGCUGCUCUGGUUCGCCAGAAGCAGCUUAGUCCUGCUGGCCACAUGACCUGGAAGCUGUACACCGGCUCCCUCGGCCAAUAAAGCGAGAUGAGCGCCGCAACCCCAGAGUCGGUCACAACUGGACCUAAUGGUCAGGGGUCCCUUUACCUUUACCUAAUUAAUAUUAAUAAUAAUAAUAAUAAUAAUAAUAAUAAUGUAAUAAUAAAUAAUUUUAUUUGUACCCCACCCAUCUGUCUGCCCUACAGUUCAAGCAGUUCCCUCUAUCCCAAAGUGCAGAAAGCAGAUGGAACACAUUGACCCUAAGAGGAAGCAGACCCUGGAGUAGAAGCAACUCUGGAAUGGCCCUGUGUGAUCAUUCAUAAAAUUAUAUAUUUUCAAAUGGGAAACAACUGUUGAUUAAACCGGUGGUGGGGGUUUUAAGCCCAUGGCCACCAGUGAAAAGAUCAUUCAUAAAAUUAUAUAUUUUCAAAUGGGAAACAACUGUUGAUUAAACCGGUGGUGGGGGUUUUAAGCCCAUGGCCACCAGAGAGGGCUUUCUCCGUCUCCCUGUAUAAUGUGGAACUGGCAUGGCUUCAAAUCCAUGUUAGUGAUGCUGGCUAUGCAUAGCAGGGGACGAUAAUAAUUCUGGAUAAACAAACAUGGUCUAGUAGAGCAUGGUCUCAUGUGUGACUUAUUUGAUAAUGUUUAUAAAUGCUGAGGUUUUGUUUUGUGUGUGUGUACUUGAGUGGGAUUUCAUUUUAUUUAUUCCCUGCAUGCAUAUGCUAUUUCCCCCCUAUUUUGGAACUCAAGAGAGUUGGUUCCUCCAGUUGACCUAUUUAUUGUGCAUUCAUCCUGAUAUGCUUGCAUUGUGCCCAGUCUUCAUUGGACAUUUGUUCUGCUUCGUUUGUGACAAUGAGCGAGCCUCUUGAUUUGCUUCUGAGUGUUCAUCCUCUUCCCCGUUGAUCAUUUGUUCAUCCCACACAAUGCAUUUCCCUGUCACUUUCCUAAUCUCAAAAAAAAGAGGGGCCAUUUUCUUGUUAAAAAGUGGGUCUGUUUUGCCAGGGCGAGGAAGUACUUUAAUUCACUAAUAAUAAUAACAAUAAAUUUAUUAUUUAUACCCCACCCAUCUGGCUGGGUUUCCCCAACCACUCUGGGCGGCUCACAACAGAAUAUUAAAAACAAGAUAAAACAUUAAAAACUUCCCUAAACAAGAUGAAAUGACUGAGCAGCCAUAGUCACACUGGUAACAAUUUCAGGGUCAUCACAUAAGCUUUUUGUUUUGUUUUUUAAAGAAAGAAGUAGCAAGUCCAAGAUCUAUGUAGGAAACUGAGCUAAGCACAUCCCUAUUUCAGCUGGGAGAGCAUGAGGGGUGAGGAAUGAGGGGUAAUGGUGCAAACUUAAACUUACAGGAUACUCUUGAACCCUUACUGAUAAUUAGUGACAGCCUAGGGGGACCCAGCAUAAACACGGUUCCCAGGCAGUCCCCCAUCCAAGCACUAGCCAGACUCUGGCUAGCUUAGCUUGCGGCGAGUGAUGUUGUGUUGCCUGCCUUCAGACUGUAGAUCUGAUUUCGUCUCAGUCACAGGUGGUCUGACCAAUGUAGAACCCUGUUAGCUCCUAUUAACAGUAGUGCAACUGGUGCUCUAAAAAACAAUCGAACACAGAUUCCAUUGACUGGAAAGGUGGAGGAGAGGGGGCUGCUGCUGUUCGCUGUAUAUCAGAUAGUCCCUUGAGGCCAGUGUGCAAGGUGUGCAUUGGCUCCCGGCUUGUCCUGGUUAAGCAUAUGCAAAUUCCCAAGGUUCAGCAAAGUGCCCGGCUUAAUUUAAAGACUUGUUUCUGCUUUAACGACGGACAUUCCCCUGUUGUUUAAUAUGUUUUCUCCUUGUUUAUUCUCUGAGCAUAAGGCAGAAAGGGCUCCGUCUCCUGACGCCGUUUCAUAUGCCCCCGCCCAGCUGCCCCAGCCUCCCCACUCCACGGUUUUGGAUGCCGUCCCAUCUACAGACUCCCCCAGUUUGGCUGCUUUCCUAGGAUGAGACUUCACAAUUGCUGGCUACUUCAAGCCAGAAAUCAAUCAGCCAGGAAAUUCCUUCUGUCUGGCACUCAGAGAAUUGGUAGCCUGUUUCCAAGAGGCUUCAAGGCAGGAGUGUGAUGAGUUGCGGGGGUGGGGGGCAGGAGGGGCCGCGGGAAGGAAUCGGGGAAGAACGCCACUUUAUUUGAAAGCAAUUGACAACUCAGAAAUAAUCAGCACGGAAAGUAAUGCCCUUGUAUUUUGAGAGCUUCCCCACUCCUUCGCCUCACCUGCCCUUUGAGCGCAUCACUGCAUAAUGCUAUCGUUGUGGUUGUCCUUAACUUUCUUUACAAAGUCACCUGCAGGUGCACGUUCCCUAUACUUUGGUUCACAGUUGAACACCUUCAAGAUUUAAUCUGCGGCGUGCCCCACAGGCAAAGAAAUUUCAACAUGGCAGCAUAUUACAGCGAAUGUCAGGAGCUCACGGGGUGAGGGAAACAGGGGAUCCUCACCUCCUCCUGCAGUGGUCGCUGGUGGGAGCAAGGAGAGUCACGCUGUGUGGCUCCAAACUUAACAUAGUGACCUUGGGACCGUACCCCAUCGUCCCCUGUGUGGCUGUAUUUGAGAAACCAUGGCCUGAGGUUUCAAAAACAUAAUAGGGGGGAGGGAUCUGUAAAUUGUAAAUGGCUUUAAACCAGUUGAAAAGCUGGAACGUGUGCAGAGAAGGGCGAGCAAGAUGGUCAAGGGUCUGGAAACCAAGCCUUAUGAGGAACGGUUGAGGGAGUUGGGUAUGUUUAUAUCUUGAUUUUAUUCUGUGAACUGCCUUGAGACCCCCAGGUAUAGGGCGGUAUAUUAAUAAUGACGACGAUGAUGGUGAUGUUUAGCCUGGAAAAGAGGAGACUGGCAGGAUAUAUGAUAGCCAUUUUCAAAUAUCUCAAGGGCUAUCACAUGAAAGAGGGAACAAGCCAGUGUGGUGUAGUGGUUAAGAGUGGUAGACUCGUAAUCUGGUGAACCGGGUUUGCUUCCCCACUCCUCCACAUGCAGCUGCUGGGUGACCUUGGGCCAGUCACACUGCUUUUAAGUCUCUCAGCCCCACUCACCUCACAGAGUGUUUGUUGUGGGGGAGGAAGGAAAAGGAGAAUGUUAGCCACUUUGAGACUCCUUUGGGUAGUGAUAAAGCGGGAUAUCAAAUCCAAACUCUUCUUCCUCUUCCUCUUCUGCUCUGGAGGGUAGGAUUCAAAAGAAUGGCUUCAAGUUACAAGAAAGGAGAUUCUGACUAAGCAUACAGAAAAACUUUUUGACAGAAAGGUUGUGGAUUUCCUUGGAUGUUUUUAAGCAGAGGUUGGAUGGUCAUCUGUUAUGGAUGCUUUUGCUGAGAUUCCUGCCUCGCAGAGGGUUGGAUUCCGUUACAACUCUAUGAUUCUAUGUCAGACCAUUGAUUGGUCCAUCAAGCUCAUUUCUGGUCUGUGGCUGUAAUAAAUCAAUUCUACUUCAAUUCUGGUCCAUCAAGCUCAGUUUUGCCUGCACUGUCCAGGAUUUCACACCAUGGUUUCUACCUGGAGAUGCCAGGGGUUGAACUUUGGACCUUCUGCAUGCAAAGCAGAUGCUCCAGUAGGCUUUGAAGGCACAUCAAAUGGCCUCAGCAGAAGAACAGUCGCUUUCUAAAGGAAAAUAACAGGAGCCACAUAGGCUUAAGAUGGCUCUUUUGCAGGGUUGAAAUGCCAGUGCUUUUUCAAGCACCAUCUGAUCUUGUUCUCCUCCGUUCCGUAACAUUGUACCCCCUUUUUGUUGCUUUUCAUCUCCAUGUGCAAUCCCCCUCCCCAUCUCUCUCUCUCUCUCCCCCUUCCCCAAAUCCGCACAAAGGUGAAAAGGAGCGAGGAAUGAGGCAGGGAUGGCUCUCCUCUAUCUGCUGCUUCUCUCCCCACCUCCACCAUGAAUGAGCCCCUUCAUCCUCUCCUCCAGAGGAAACACAGAUGCUUUUGUUUGGCGGCCUUGUAGGAUAGGAUGGAAUUAAUAAAUCGGAGAGCUGAUGUUGUGCUGCUACAUUCUUUGCAAUUUUAAGGCAAGAGCCUGAAAGAAAAGUUAAUUUGCCUUCGGAGAAACCGCAGAGGCUCAGCCGACUGUUUAUCCCCACUUUUAUUUUUCUUAGACACCGCUCCUUUUAUUUUCUUCUUCUCUCGCACUCAGCCCCCUUCCCCUUUUCACCUCUCCCCCGUAAUCCAUCUCUGCUUUCCCACAAAGAGGUGCCUUAUGCAGAGUCAGGCCAUGUUUUCAGUAUUAUGGAGAGCUGUCCAGGGGUCCAGACAGGAGAAGCUCCCAGACCUACAUGGAGACACCUGGGAUCAAACCUGUGACCAUUGUGCAUCUUCCGCCAUCCUGCCCCACCUUCCUCUUUUUGUCCCUUCACUCCUGAUGCUUGCUUUUUCCUACCAAAAACAGACCAAGGUAGAAUUCCUAUGGCUAAAUCACUAGCAGUAUCAAGAACACACUUAAGUUUGCUUCCCAGUUCAGGGGAGAUGGCUUUCCACAUUCAGAUAUUUGUUGGUGCAAACCAGGUAAAUAUUGGGGUCCAUUGUAUAAGGUAAAAAGGUAAAAGACCCCUGGACCGAUGGAGGGGUUCACAGCAUCAACACCCCAAAAAGGUAUUGUUUCUCCCAUAGUUGCAGCCUUGGAUUCAAACAGAAUCAAGCGUUGCUCUCAAAUGUUGCUCCAGCUUGCUGCUUCUAGCUCACAUCCCGGCCCCAACUCUGCUCUUAGCUGUGGCUUUUUCUGUCCCAUUUGCCCACCAGGAAGCUAGUUUGGCUAUUUCCCAGAAUGAGAAGGCUUGAUUAGCUUUUCAUACUUGCUGGAUCCAGGGGUUAGAAGAGUCUGGCAUACAGUUUAACACCCACCCACCCCAAAUUCAUAACAGUAAGUAGAUUGUGUCUUUUUCCUUCCCCUUUUAUUGAUGGGAAGCCAAGGUUGAGGAGUAAUGAUUUGCCCAAGGUCAGCCUCUGUAAGUCCACUCUAGAGCAGGAUCCAGAUUGCCGUCCAACAUUUUGUGCAUUUGAAAAGGGGCCGGGGUGUACUAGAUAUAUAUCGCACUCUGUGUGACUCCUCAGUGAAUCAUGGGUCUUCUUUGUGGCGUUCAGUUUCCUCAGCCACAAAUCCUGCGUUCUCUUCCGGCAUGGAACACUGGAAGCUUGCAAUGCAAGUCAGCUUGGUAAAUCACUGCUUUGAAACUAGAACACCUAGGAACAUGUUGACUGUUCUCAUUUCCCAUACAUGAUAUUUCUCUGUGUUCCUGUGAGCAGAAUCGGAUCCUGCUGCUUCCGGACUGGCAGAGGCUCCGCUCCUUGAAUUACACCCAAAAAUAUGCCCAGGCUUCCCCUUAAGCUUAUGUGAUUCUGUUCAAGCAGAAGAGUUGCGAACAAUUCCAUAUGCUUGCAUGGCAGAGAAGCAGAGCUGGGGGAAGCUUUGAGAAAUCUCUGUGGCACCAUUCGCUGUGCCUGGUGCUGUCCCGUGCUGGUUGGGGCUGAUGGGACUUACAGCCCAAAAUGUAUGGAGGGCACCAGGUUGGUGAAGGGGGCCGUUGCAUAGAAAGUUCACCACACAUUAGCUGUCAUGAAAUCCAUACAAACGCUUGAAGGCAGCCCUUCAAAUAUCUGAAGGGCUGUCACACAGAAGAUGGAGCAAGCUUUUUUUUUCUGCUGUUCCAAAAGGCAGGACCCAAACCAAUGGGUCUUGUUAAUCAAAUAACAACAAAGGAGAUUCUAAUUAAACAUCAGGAAGAACUUUCUGGUAGUAGGAACUGUUCAACCAUGGAACAGACUACCUCAGAAGGUGGUAGACUCUCCCUCAUUGGAGGUUGUUUGUUUAAAAAAGGUUCGUGUAUGCCUCAUUGAUAUUGCUGGGAUAUAUGUAUGCCCAAAUAUAUAGAAAUUGUGGCUUUUUGCCUCCCAAACCUAUUGGUUGAUAAUUUUCCUGUUCUGUUGGAGAGAUGUGGUUUCUCUCUGGAUCAUUUGUGGCUAUGGAUGAAGAUUUAUGAACUUUUAUCACUGUGCAUAUGUGCAUAUUUAUAUAUAAUCGAAUUUUGUUUUUAGUUCGUAUCAAUAACAGCAAAGGAGCAAGCUAAAAUGCAGCAAAAGUGGAGAUGAAGGAAGUUGAAGGAUGUGAGUAACAUUCAAAGAUUUUGUUCACUUUCAAUUUGUGAGAAAGUCAAAAAGCGAUAUGCUGUGAUCUGCCAGAGGAAUUCGGCAUUUUAAGUUUGUUUAUGCUGCAUGUAGUUUUGUUUGGGGCCGAGUUAUCUUUCAUUGAUGUUACCUUGUUAAACUUUUGUUUUGUGAUGGUCCGAUGACUAAAUACAAAUAAAUGAAUCUUGAUCAUUGAUUUGGAAGGAUUUGAUUGCCGUGAUGUACUGUUAAUAAUUCAGACUGUAACAAUUGGUGCUGAUGGGAAAGUGCAGGCUUGCACAUCCAAUCAAGGCACAAGCGCCGAGUGCGCCAGGCAGAAUCUGCAAUGUGCUUUUGCCACUAACUUUACUUCCAACUCCUCUCCAAGGAGGCCCCUGAACCGUGGAAUUAGAUUUUCAAUUGGCAAUAUCAAUUCCAAACCCAGACCCUGCAUUCUUGCAUCCUUUAAACUCGAGAUCUAAACUUAUAUUAUGAUUGGAGGACAUGAGGCUGAAAAAUAAAUAAAAUGUGAUGGGGCCUAAUGAAUCUGUUCUACCUGAUGUGUUCUACCUUGUCCAACCCCAAACAAUGAAUGGGAUUCCAGGAGCCUAACUUCCAGAAGGGCAGUAGCUACGGUAGUCAGCUGCAGCAAGUAAACAAUAAAGAUUUCUUUUGCACUCAGUAGAUUAACUGUGGUAUAUGCCUUUGCGGGCAAAAACCCACUUCGUCAGAUAAAUUAAGUGCUACCCGAACUUGGCAGGUAUGCAUGGAUAGAGAGGAAAAGAUGUAAACACCCAAUGAAAGCUAGUGCCAUAAUAUGUUGGCUGCUAUGUAAGGUGCCACAAGAUUCAUCAGUGUUUUUAACAGUAGUUUGGAAAUUUUUGCAAGUUCUGCAGCUAGUGGCCCUACUCCCACGACUACUACUAAGCAGUAUGUUUUAUAUCCUGUAUUUUAAUAUCCUGUGAACCACCCUGAGAUCUUAUGCUGAAGGGCGGUAUAUAAAUCUAAUAAAUAAAACAAAAAUAAAAUAUGUUGUUUACAUUAGCCCCACCUGUCCAGGCAGCGGAUAAGUUUUAGAUCCACAUGUGAACUCUGCAGCUAGAGUCCAUCCCUCAUCCAUCUUGGCUCAAGGCUGCCACUUGUCCUGUCUGAAAUGAAUGACAGGCAAUGCAUCUCUGAAGCAUCUGCAAUGGGCUUGGAUGGACCAUGGACGAAAGGUGGGUUCAAUACUUGCCUGUAGCUGCAGCCCAGGUCCUUCAAUGAGCUUGAGGCUUUUCUGCUUAAUUCUAUCAUGAGUCAGAUAAUUUGCAGGAUGACUGCAUAGUUUGUGGGUGCCUCUGCUGACACCUACGGCAACCUGUAGCAUGGGCGUGGGGAACCUCAGGCCUGGGGGCCAGAAGCAGCCCUUCAGACCUCUAUCUGGCCCUCAUAACUCUCCCCAGGUCAUGCCCUUUACUGGUCCUACUUUGCACUCCAAGAGUUGUUUUUUCCCCAAAAAUUUGAUUGAUUUUCCAAAUUUAUAACAAACAUAAAACAAACAAACAAACAAGCAUAAAUCCUAACUAUAUUAGUUCCACUUUUGUUAACAUUGUUAGGUGACUUCCUCAAAUCCCCCUGGCUGAGUUUCUAUGUAUAUAUAUCAUUGUAACAGUUUUCCAAAACUAAUUUCUCAUAAAAUUUACUUAAUUAAUUAACAUCUUUCUUUCUUUUCAUUUUAGCUUUAGAUAUAUUAUUCUAUAACAUCCCAUAUUUAAAUCCUAAGCCAAUCUGGUACUUGCAAGUAUUUCUUUUUAAGUUAUCUUAGCAUAUUUAGCUAAAUAGUCUUUAAAUUUCAUCCAUUCCUCCUCGAACUCCUCCUCCUUCUGGUCGCGGACUCUUCCGGUCAGGUCGGCUAGCUCCGAAAAAUCCAUCAUCAUCAUCUGCCAUUCCUCCACUGUUGGUACUUCUUGUGAUUUCCAAUUUUUGCCCAGCAAAAUUCUAGCAGCUGUUGUGGCAUACAAAAACAAUCUGACAUCUUUCUUGGGCAAUUCCAAACCUAUUAUUCCAAGAAGAAAGGCCUCUGGUUUCUUGCACCCGAAGAGUUUUUGCCUGGUUGGAAUGUGCCUGAUCAAAUGCCUCUUCCUUGCCUGGGUGUGUGUAGCAGCUAACCAAAUGAACAAAGGUAAAAAAAUUGCCAUUGUUGCUACACCUACAUGCCUCUUUAGUCCUCCCCACCCCAGGCAUGUGGCCUGCCGAAGGCUGCUCAGGAUGAAAUGUGGCCCUCAGGCCAAAUACAUUUCCUUGUCUCUUGCUGUAGUGCCAUUCAUUUCAUGGAUGCCUCAGAUCCAAACAGGUGCCGAAGAGCUAGUGACACAGCAGCAACAAUAUUGGCACCUCACCCCCCUAGCUGAAGAUGGAAUGGGGAAGCAAACCCAAUGAGAGAGGCAGGGUCUCUCUUUGAUGAGUUGACCAACUACAUACCCUCCAACAUUCUGCAGCAGAAAAUCGGGAUGUGUGUCUCUCUGGGCUGCACCCCCAUGUGAGUCACAGGAUUCAUCCGAGAGCAUGGCUUUCCAAAACGUGCAUCUUUCAGGGCGGCACCAUUCCACAUAACCGGCAAGAGAGCAUGGCCUCCAAACAUGGGCAUCUUUCAGGUCCACACACUCAUGGCAACCAAAACGGGACAUCCCGGGAUCCAGUCUGAAGCCGGCGUGGCUUCUGUAAUUCCGGGAUGUCCUGCUCAAAGCGGGACAGUUGACAGGUAUGCAACUAGGCAGAGGACUUGGUGCCGCAGGCAGCUGCUGCUGCUGCUACAUGUCAAGGCAUCCCCAGGGAACCACUACAGGCACUUGGAGGUGAGGAAGCUGUGCCGAUUCCACACGUGACAUGUCAGCAGCAUGGCUUCCUUGCUGCCUCAUAACAAGGCUCUGGGCUUGUUAUAAGUAAUACCUCCCCACCCCAACCCCCAAAAGAAAUGUGCUAGUUCUUGCUGAUCACUGAUUCUUCUGGGGCGCACAUGUGUGAUUCUUAGCAUGACGUGAGUAACUAAGAUUAGUCACAGAUAUAAAUAACUUGUUUUAUCAAAACCCAUCUGUUUCCUAUGGUAUUGUCAUCCAGAAAGAGCCAGUGUUGCUUUCAUCAAAAUAAAAUAUCAGUGCCCUCAGAUACCCUUUGUGCUGUCUGAAAAAGUUCACUAGGGGGGAAAAAACCAACUAGCCAAAAGGUAAUAUCUCCCCACAACGCCUGGAGGCAGAGCCAAGUAACCAGUGGUUUUUAUAUUUUCAAUGGGGAACAGCCCUUGUUUUUGGAUCCCAGUACAGUGGUACCUCGGGUUAGGUACUUAAUUUGUUCCGGAGGUCCGUUCUUAAUCUGAAACUGUUCUUAACCUGAAACACCACUUUAGCUAAUGGGGCCUCCUGCUGCCGCCGCGCCACUGGAGCAUGAUUUCUGUUCUCAUCCUGAAGCAAAGUUCUUAACCUGAAGCACUAUUUCUGGGUUAGCGGAGUCUGUAACCUGAAGCGUAUGUAACCUGAAGCGUAUGUAACCUGAGGUACCACUGUACAACCUUAGUGCAAUCUGCCAUAUUUUUUGCACCCACCAGGAUCCAACUCAGUGUGUUUCAAACUUGGGUCUCUCGAUAUUGUUGGACUCCCAAGUCCCACCAUCCGGUGUUCAGAAAUGAUGAACAUUGCAGUCCAAAAACAACUGGAGACCCAGGUUUGAAACACACUGAUUUUAACCUUAUUAAAGCUGCCAUUCUGUAUCCAGAUGCCCCACUGGACACAAGUGGACUUACUUCUCCGAGUAGGCAUGGGGUUGUACUUAACACCUCCUUCUUGCAACUGUUACAAACUUUAGACUUCAAGGUCUUUUCCUUCUCAUCCCAACUUUUUCUUAGCCUAACAUCCAAUCUCAGUUUCUGAGAUAUGAAAGCUAGGAGCUAAAUGACACUUUAAACCUAGGGUUAUGGGCACAACAAUGGAAUGUCUAGGUGCGCUUUUUUAUAACAAGAAUAAUAUUAUAUAUUAUUAUAAUAUAAUAUUAUGUUCAUUUUUCACAUGGUCUAGUCCUUACCUUGCACACACCCCAAAUAUUCUUAAGAGGGUCUCUUCUCCAGUCUUCAGAGAGUAGCUGGAAGUGGGGAGGCAGAAAAAGGUCCUUCUUUCCUUUCACUCUGCAGUUUUAAUCUGAAAUCUUAGGUGCAGUGCUGCGCCCAGAGCUCAGAAACUGCUCGCGCUGAUGAAAUUCCCUGUUGCAAAAUGCGCCUAGAACAAUGGGAGUUUCGAACACUGAUCCAGUCUGAAUAUCAGGGGAACACAAAAGCCUGCCAGCUGCACUGUGACAUUUUACUUGAUCCUAAUUAAAUGUAUUGCCUCUUUAUUUUUGGGUCUCCUCACCCCCCACCCCAAAGCAACCCACAGUUACUGGAACUGCUACAAAAGUUUGCACAAUCCACAUGUAAACCGGGGACACCGGGAGAAGGAUCGUGAUUCAACAUGGUAUACUCCUCUGAAGCAGAGGACACCCGCCAGGUGUUGCGCCUCCCAUCAUCCCUGCCCAUGCUAGGUGGGGCAAUUGGGAGCUGGGGUCCACGUGCGCCAUGUUUUUCAAUCCUGCUCUAAAGACAACCAAUGUCUUGAACAUCAUGCAGUACGUGGGUUUUGUGCUCCGCCGCUGCUAUGGAAAAUGCAGGUUUUCAGCCACUCUGUCCAGCAACUUUUAACAAGAGACUGCUUGCUCUUUUUUUGCCCCUGUGUCCCAGCAUGUAAGCUGUAGUAGAUACAAGCUGUAGUAGAUACAAGGCAUGUGACAGCUGGCCUUAGUCGCCUUUGUGUUCUUAAGCAGGUGAGUUCAUCUUAAGGAACUACAUAUGCCAUACAUGGAAACUUGUAUGUCAUGAACUCCCAUCUAUCUAGUCCAGCAAUCUGUUCUCACAGUGGCCAUCCAGAUGCCUGUGGGCUUUGAGAUGCAUUUAUACUCCGGCCCAUAUCAUCCAUCCAGUUCGGCUAUUAUCUUUUCACUGAUUGCAGGGUGGGUUUGCUUGAAUGCACAUAGGAAACAUUCUCUGUCAGUUGGGCUGGCGGCAGCAGCACGAGAUCAGGCUUUUAAGCUCCAAGCAACAACAUGUACAAGCAUCCUCUCUGGAGCAGAGUGUGACUGUGAAAUAAAAGUAAGUCCCCUACAAACAGACCUAGGAUAUGAAAGCUGUGCUCACACAUAUUCCCUGAGUUCAUUAGUAGCACUUGGCUACAUAGACAAUGGUUCUUGGUUAUAUAUAUAUAUAUAUAUAUAUACACACACACACAACAUUUUUGGAAGCUUCUCGCAUCAGGAUUUGCUGUUGUGUUCCUUGCAUUUGAUGAAAAUUACUGUUUAAAUAUUUCGUUUAUUCUUUUGCAUUUGCUGUUCAGGCAGCAUUGCAUGUAAUUUUAAACAGGUUUUAGGCUCCAUUUAGGUGGUUCUCAUGUUUGAGAGUUGUCUGAUUUUUAGACAUUUGGGUUUUUGAUAUAUGUGUGUGUGAGAGGGACAGGGGGAAAACAUUUAAAGGAACUUGAUAAUUUUGUUUCAGUUUGAUUUAGUGGAAUGAUUAUGAGAGUGCAUUAUAUCCUACAUUUUAUGAUCCCAUUCUUAGGGCAUAUACUAUUUGUAUAUUUAUAGUGCCCCUGAGAAAGGAUUUGAUCCAACGUGUGACAGGGCUAGAAUAAAUCUCAUUUGAAACAUCUGGACUUUCUUCCCCCUUCCAAGUAGUGCUUUCCCAGUUUUGUGGUUGGCUUGGUGCUUCAAGCCUUUUUGCAGUGGUGUUUCUGAAUACAGCCUAAUUAGCCAUUUGCAUCAGGACCAGGAUGGCCUUUCCACUAGGUGGCUGCCUAGGACAGGACUUUAUAGGGACCUGUAUCUAAUGCUGGAACAACCUGGUGGAUGCAGAAAGGCAAAAGAACCAGGCAACAGGUAGGGAAAGUCCUAUGAAAACAACUUGUGCAUAUUUACUUUGAUGUAAGUUCACUAGGCCUUUCUCCCAGUUACAUGUGCAUGAGAUUUCGGCCCCAGUAUAUUACAUGUGCUAUUCUUUUUUAAAAAAACAAAACAAAACACCCAAAUAAAACAAAGGGUGAUCAUGAGUCCACUGAGGGCUGUAGGAGAUGAAAACGAAGGUUGGAACAGGGGUGCCUUGUUAGAAAUCAAUAAGCCACUAUAACCAACAGGAUGGGAGGCUAAGAGAUCCAGGAUGAAAGAGUAUACCCAGUACAUUAUUAUUAUUAUUAUUAUUAUUAUUAUUAUUAUUAGGACGCGGGUGGCACUGUGGUCUAAACCACUGAGCCUCUCGGGCUUGCUGAUCAGAAGGUUGGCGGUUUGAAUCCCCGCGACGGGGUGAGCUCCCGUUGCUCGGUCCCAGCGCCUGCCAACCUAGCAGUUCAAAAGCACGCAGUGCAAGUAGAUAAAUAGGUACUGCUGUGACAAGAAGGUAAACGGUGUUUCCGUGCACUUUGGCUUCUGUCAUGGUCUGUGGACAAACACCAGCUCCUUCAGCCUGAAAGCGAGAUGAGCGCCACAACCCUAUAGUCACCUUUGACUGGCGUUAACGAUCCAGGGGUCCUUUACCUUUUUACCUUUAUGAUGAUGAUGAUGAUGAUCAUUAUUAUUAAUUUCAUUUCUAUGCUGCUUUAUAUUUUUAAGGAGGGGGGAUCUCAAAUCAGUUUACAAACUACUUUAAAACAUCAAAUAAAACAAUCCAGAAUAAAACAUUACUGAAGAAAGCCAAAUAUAAAGUAUACAUUUAAAUACAAUUAACACUCAUUCAGACAUAAUUAACAGGAAACUAAAAUGUUAUCCUAAACAUUUUAAAAAACAACAACAAACACUACAGAGGAGGUUGACUGCAGAAUGCACAUUUAGCAGAGCAAAGGUAACAAAACAAUUAUCUUAAACAUUUCAAAAGAAAGCAUUACUAAAUGAAGUCAAAUAUAAAAUACAUGAUUUGAAAGACCACAGCACCAAAAGAUCUUGGACCAAAAUGACCAUGCAAGCCCAUUUCUGAAGUCUGGUGUACUUGAGCUGCUGAAAAGUUGGGGGAAAAUGGUCUUCCAGUUGUUAGGUAAAGGUACACCUGACCAUUAGGUCCAGUCGUGGACAACUCUGGGUUUCCGCGCUCAUCUCGCUCUAUAGGCCGAGGGAGCAGGCAUUUGUCCUCAGACAUGUGGCCAGCAAGACUAAACCGCUUCUGGCGAACCAGAGCAGCGCACGGAAACGCCGUUUAUCUUCCCGCUGGAGCGGUACCUAUUUAUCUACUUGCACUUUGAAGUGCUUUCGAACUGCUAGGUGGGCAGGAGCUGGGACCGAGCAACAGGAGUUCACCCCAUUGUGGGGAUUCGAACCGCCAACCUUCUGAUCGGCAAACCCUAGGCUCUGUGGUUUAGACCACAGCGCCACCCACGUCCCUUUCCAGUUCUUAGAUGUGCACAAAAUCUGCCAUUCAGGCACUACCCCCAAACUACAGGAUAGAAAUCUUUCAGUGAAGUGCUCCAGUAAAUUGAAACCAUUGUUGUUUUCUCCUUCCCGCCUCCCUAAAGCUUCAUUUAGCCUCUCCACCAAAAGCCAAUUUCACAAACCAGGUAAUAAGUGGAUGUGUUCAGAAUAAACCUGAGACUAGGUGAGAAGGGCUGCCUUUUGUUUACCUUCCCAAGUGUUUCCUGUGAUUGUCCUAAUGGUGAUGAAGCAUAACUCAUGCAAGGAUGCUGGAAGGAAGUUCCUGGACCAUGAGGUGCAACUGUGGUGGAAUCUACACACAUAUAAAAAACACUGUGAAAAUGCUUUUUUAAAAAAAAGUUUUGAAAAAUACAUUGAAUUUGGCAUGGCUCAGUGCCGGCAUAUAGUGUCACAUUUGUAUAUUGUACUUUACAACAGAUUUAAAAUGUUUUAUUUACAGCUGUGUAGUUGAGUCCUGUGUUUCUAAAAAACGUGGACCUGCAAUGAGGGGCAAGUGCAAAUGAGCUUGCUGCAGGGGUUGGGGCUAGAUACAGGGUCUUAUUAGCCAGGAACACACCUGCCUGUAUGACUUUUGGAAUACCAUAAUGUGGUAUUAUGGGGAGUGCUCGAAGGCAACCUCUAGCCCUCCAGAUGUGCUUGGACUCUAGCUUCUAUUAUCCCUUACCAUUAGCCAUAUUGGCUAGAGCUGAUGUGAGCUGGCCUCCAACAGCAUCUGGAUGGCCACAGAUUCCCUAUCCCUGGCCUAAACAAUCUGUAUUGGGAGGCAACUAAAGAGGGGACGGGACAUGGGUGGCGCUGUGGGUUAAACCACAGAACCUAGGACUUGCCGAUCAGAAGGUCAGCGGUUCGAAUCCCCACGACGGGGUGAGCUCCUGUUGUUCAGUCCCAGCUCCUGCCCACCUAGCAGUUCGAAAUAAAAUAAAGGGAAAUAAAAGAUCAGGCUGAAUUCAAAUUAAAGGCCAAGCAGAAUAGCUCUGUCUUACAGGCCCGACGGAAGGAGGUUAAAUCCUGAAAAGGCCCUGGCCAUGGUGGAGGAUAGUUUGACUUCCUUAGGCCCGGGACCUCUAAACUAUGGUUAUUCAUAGACCUUAAGGUCCUCUGCAGGGCUUACCAGGAGAGGUGGUCCCGUAAACCCCAUUGCAGGGGGUUGACCUAGGUGACCCCUAGGGUCCUUUCCAACUCUACAAUUCUAUGAGUCUAUAUCUAUAUGUAUGUGUGUGUGUUGUACUGGCAGUUUAAAAAAAAAAUUCAAUGUCAUCUACAUGGGGCCCUGUGGGAAAGUGGGGUUAAAAUGUGCUAAAUAAAUGGAAUUGGCACCCAGUGCCCUUAUACUGCCACUGCUCCCAUUGACACCCCCAUGCAGGUUGUAACAGACUGACCAUUGCCUCCUUUCCUGCCUCCUCUUGCUUUGGAUGCUGCAACUUUUUCUUUUCUUAUACAUCCCCAACAUGCAGCUGAGCUCAGACACAGUACAGAUAACAAGAGGACCAGUUCAGUGAAUCUGUGCAGAGCCGUUCUCUGAUGCAGAAAGCAGUGUGAGAAACCUGCUCAUUACAGAUGUGCUUCUUUUUGGGGGGGGGGGGAAGGAUCUGCUUAAACAACCAUCUCAUUAAGUCUGCAUAACAAUGAAAGAGCAAGGAGAAGCCAAGCCUUGAUUAGCAGAACUCCAUCUCAGUAGUCACCUCCUUGCGUCAGUGUUAUCCUGUUUCUUAGGGUGAUCUAUGCCUGGUGACCAGCUGCUCCAUCAACCACAAGCUGCUCCCACAGUCCGUAGAAUGAUAUGGAUAAACCGUAAUCUCAACAGUAUGUUGAACCCGCUCUGAUAAAUCUGCUGUAGCCGAUUUGAAUCCCCUUGUUAGCCCACCUCCCCUUCGCGUAACUCAGGAUGAACGUCUUUGCGUACAUAGCUCUCCUCAAUGCAGUGUGUUGGCAGGAAAAUGUACUGUGGGAUUUUUUUAAAAAAAAGAAAAGAAAUUGGUUGUGCUCCGUUGCUUUUUUCAGAAUGGAUGCUAAGUGUUGAUUGCUGUGUUACCAUUUGGUGUCCCCGGUCUAAUCAAGUAUUAAAAAGGUUCAGAUUUGUACAAAGCAUCCCAUGUUUUUGGAAUCUAAGCACCAGUUCAUCCUCCACAGAAGAGCUGGACCGCCACCAUUUAGGAAGGACGUUGACUAGCUGGAAUGUGUGCAGAGGAGGGCGACCGAGAUGACCGAGGGUAUGGAAAUCAAGCCUUAUGAGGAAUGAUUGAGGGAGCUGGGUAUGUUGGAAGAGAGGGAACUGAGGGGAGAUACAAUAGCCAUCUUAAAAUAUCUCAAGGGCUGUCAGAUGUUGUAAGAUGGAGCAAACUUGUAUUCUCCUGCUCUGGAGGGUAGAACUCGAACCAGUGGCUUCAAGUUCCAAGAAAGGAGAUUCUGUCUAAUCAUUUGGAAAAGGAGAUUCCAACUAACACCAGGAAGAACUUUCUGAGAGUAAGACCUGUUCAACAGUGGAACAGUCUACCUUGGGAGGUUGUGAACUCUCCUUCCUUGGAGGCUUUUAAGCAGAGGUUGGACGGCCAUCUGUCCUGGAUGCUUUAGCUGAGAGUCCUUCAUUGUAGGGGGUUGGACUAGAUGACCCUCGGGCUCCUUCCAGCUCUAUGAUUCUAGGUAGAUAGAGGAGUGUGAUCAGGGAAUACUGGAAGAAGCCAGCUAUCAACUACUGCAGGAGUUACCAAACUGUGAACUGCAAGUUUUCUUUCAGGUGGUCUGAAAGAAAGGUGGGUCCACAUUAAAACAACCGUAUGGAUUUCAAUUGUAUUUUUAUUGCUUCUAUUACCAUUUGUAUUUAUUUUUAUCAGGUUACAAUUUGAGUUCUGUGGAAUUCAAAUUGUGAAACAGUAAAAUACAAUUUAAGAAAUGAAAGUGGCGAUAAAAAAUACAAUUAAAAACCGCAUGGAAUGUAGCCCAGCAUAUUACAAAUGCUACAAGCUGCAGGGAAAAAAAUCAUUUAAGUGGUCCCCCAAGACCCCCAAGUGUUUUCCAGUGGUCCAUUGUGGGAAAGGUUUGGGAUCUAUUGACUCCGUUGCCUUGGAUCUGAUGCUCUAUUGGCGUUUUACCAUUUUCCUGUGACAAUGCAACCUUCCAUGCCACAAUUUUCAGAGUUACCAGAACGUGAUCAGGCUGGGUAGCUGUUUCAUGGAAGCUUCCUGUGGCACGUGGAGGCGUGAGCCACCAAGGCUCAAAUAACCAUAGACCAAACACCAGCUUUGUAACCUCGUUUUGUAGCCGGUGUAGCCCUUGCAGACUAUGUCCUGGAAGACCAGAGUUCAAAUCCCCACUCAGCCGCAAAGCUCACUGAGUGACCUUGGGCCAGUCACUGCCUCUCAGCCUAGCCUACCUCACAGGAUUGUUGUCAGGAUUAAAUGAAGGAGAGAAUCACAUUCACCACCUUGAGCUCCUUGGAGGAAAAGUAGGAUAUAAACAAGACAAAUAAAGUAGAUAAUGAAUAUAUAUCCUGUGAAUGGAUUUUCCAGGACUUGUUCACACACACACGCCUCAGUUGUGUAUUUAUGGGCUGACCUACCAAUUUCGGGGGGGGGGCACAGAAAAUGUGACACAAUUCUGUGACGUUACCACUUCAAGAUACAGGUGGGUGGGUGGAGAAUCACACAACUGUUGUGCUCCUCACAGGCACUCUCCAGCAGGUACAUAUGACAUCUGCACAGCUGUAUCUCACACAGCCUUUGCCGUUGCAACUGAUGUUAACAGCAGAGGAGCAGAGACAAUUGCUUUCCCCCCAGUAAUAAAAACACCGCUGUGUAGCUGCUGGGGGAAACACAAUAUCCUGAUAGCGAGCAUUACUCGGCCAAAGAGAUAUCUGGAAUGCACACAACUCUCGCUCAGUAAUGAUGGCAUCUUUCGUUGCACGAGGAAAACACUUUAAAUAGAAAAAAAAUAAACCCUGGGUAUUUUGAAGCAGUCUGGGGGUGAAAAGUUACAGAUCUAUAGCAAAUUCUGUACUUGAUCACAUAUCACAACAUCUGUUUGUUCUGAGAUAGUAGGAAACUGCCUUAUGCUGAGUCAGACCGUUAGUCCGUCCAUGUCAGAUGGCAAUGGUGGCUGCUCGCGAGUAACCAGUCAGGACUCCGACCUGUCUUUUACAGGUUUUAUUAUGGUGCAAAACUAUUUACAGCGCAGAACCACAAGUUCAUGUCUGCCUCAAUCGCUAGCAGAAUCUGGGAGUGGUUGUUUCUGUGUCCUCCCCCAACAUAAGAGCUUAGUGACCCCCAGCCUUUUCCUUCCUUCUUUGCGUUUUACACCUCUGCACAAGGUGGGCGACGGAAGAGGCGUGCUUCCCCCCUGGCCGGCUUGGCAAGGAGUGGUGCUGAGGCUCCCACCAGCAUCCUCUAGCCCGUUCCCCUCCUUAACCCUGGAGGUGUGGCUUUCCCCACCCUCAGAGGUGCAGCGCUGGGGCUCCCAGCAGCAUCCUCUGUUCCCUUCCCCUCUUCCCCACUGGAGGUGUGGCUUUCCCCACCGCAGGAAGAGGAACUGCUUCGCAACCGUCCCUCUCCCUCCCUUCCCUGUUCCGAUGGCAGUUCCCUGACAAUCUAGCUCAGUAUUGUCUACACGGACUGGCAGCUGUUCUCUGGGAUAUCAGACAGGGAUGAAGAUGCCAGGGAUUGAAACUGGGACCUUCUACAUGCUGGGCACAUGAUCUGCCCCUGAGCUAUGGCCCUUCCCUUCCAAGUGGGAUGUGGAGGGAGGAGGGUGGCAAUGGGCAACAGGACGUUUCUCCUGAUUUCAGGGAGCAGAAAGAAGAGCUGCCGAGCACCACAGACACCCGAGUUGGCAUGAAUUAUGCAUCCCUUGUCUGAAGAGAGGUCAGCCUCAUCAAUAAUGGAGGAAAGGCUCCCCGCUCCGCCUUCUGCCUGCAUCUUCCGGCACCAACAACUCAUGAAAUCUGCAUGGACCUUCUCAGGGUGUUUAUGGGCUGCCGGGGGAAAGAAGCCGCAGAGCAGGAAGCAACCGGCACAUCGAGCUGCGGCAAAUUUCUGUGCAUGUUUACAAGGCACCGAAUGAGUGCGGGAUUCAUUUGCGCAGAUCUGAAUAGAUCCUUUCUGGCACAGGCCCGCAAAUGCACGCUUGCCUGUGAAAUGCAGCUGACCGCAGCUCGUGCAUCCGGGCUUGGGACUUGAAAUACUGACUUUGUUUCACCAACUGGUGACAAAUUUUAAGGCGGACACAUCUGUACUCACCAGCACAGUUUCCUGUUUAGUUUAAAAGAAAAAGAAAGGAAAAAAGAGUCACUUCUCCAAGUUUUCCAGUGUUGUUGUUAAGGCCAGAUGGGCAGGUUAUUUGCCUGCCCUGUUAUGAUUUUUUAAAAGCAAAAAUACUCAUGUGGUACAUAUCUGAAUGUCAGGGCUGGGCCAUGCAUGGCUGGACUUGAAACCAGGCCCAGGAAGAGCCUUGCUGUCUGGCGCUAGAACUUGACUUGAGCAGGGUCUGUGCUAAACUAGGGCUGAAUCGGAUGUGCAGUGGGCAAAGGCCACUGAUAUGUUGAUCAGGCCUGGACAGAAGCCCAAUAUCCUGUUCUUGUUCUUGUUCUUGUUCUUGUUCUUGUUCUUGUUCUUGUUCUUGUUCUUCUGGCCAGUACAGGCCUGGCCUAUACAGAGGCUGCCAAUCACAGGGACUGGUUUUCCAUGGCUCUGAGGCCUGAGUAUCGACAGACCUAGGCAGCUCACUAAGGAUACGUCCAAACCUGGUUUGAGUCUCUGGAUGCUAGAGGGUACCUCCAGACUGUAAUAGCUUUGUGAGGUGGAUAGUGGGAAGUUUAGGUUUUCACAAUGAAAGUGGAUUAAAGCAUUCUGUUGCCCAAGCGCUACCAGUCCAAUUAUUUUUAAAAAAUGUCUUUUGCCAUUAGGAAAGUGGCAGGGAAAAUGCGCUUAGGUUGGUGUGUCACCUCCAGACUGUGGAAUAACUAGACUCAUAUAACCAACAUGCUUAAAUCUUAUGCAUGAAGGGGUUAAGACCAUAAAGUAAGCUGUCCUGCCAGACUUAGCUCACCUUGGGAGGGGCUGUGCAAUCAAGUCUUUGUUCCUUCCGUCUACCAGAGAAGCUCAACAUGUGAGGAGAUCUGAGAUGGUUGCUGCAGCUCAGACCACAUGGCUUUCACAAGCCAUGCUUGUGUUCCUAUACCAAUAAUUCAGGUUCUUUCACCACAGUAACUAAGACGAAUUUUACUGCCUGUGCAGCUUUUCUGACUUCUAUAUGGAAAAGCACAUGAAUCUGAGUUAUUAAGUAAGCCAUUUUUAACUUACCAAAUGUGUGGUCUUUUUCUAUGCUGGGGGAAGAGGGAAACUUUGGAAGGAACUCACAAGGGCAUAUUGUAAAGUAUUUCCACGCUUUACUUUGCUGCAUAUUUUGUGAUUUUAAAUCUCUGCUGGUGUUCUCUCCCCAAAGAGUCCUUGCCCCAAGCAUGGAUCUUGGCAUCCAGGAACUUUCCUUUUCAUAUAACUAUUUUUUCCUGGCCAACCAACACAGACCUCAUAUGGGGGUCCCUCCUAUGUUUGAGAUCCUGCCCAAUGCCAUUUCCUCCAUUGGAAUGAGCACAUAGCAGAAAGUCCACCUCCAACCUCACCUACUGUCUCAACCAGCCUAAUACACUUGAGUGCAGAUCUUCCAGUCAUCAUUAAGGGUCAUAGAUUUAAACUCUCCCUUUGAAAGACACAGAUUGCAACAUUUUUAAGGAAAGAAAACAUGUUUUAUCUUUCUGCAAUUAAAUACUCUGUGGCACAAAUAAAUAAUUGGUUUUCAUGAGCGUGGCAACACUUUUAUUAAACUUCCUUCCUCUUUUUCUUCUCCUAGGUUUGGUUUGGUUCUCUUUAGAGGGAUGUAGGAAGAUUAGAAAAGCUGGCCCCCAAUGUAUUCCUGGACUGCAGUUCCUGCCUAUCAGUUUGCAUUAAAGGUAACGUAAGGGGCACCAGAUAUUUGUGUGAAUCUCACCAACCAAAAAACUUCAAAUUCCCUUCCAGACUCCACACAGAUCUGCACACCAACCACAUGCCUGGUGCAUAGAGAAAAGGGCCUUAAUAAUCCCACUCUUGAAAUUAAUGUUCCUAUUUCUUUCUUGGCAUCGUCACACACCUGGCUACAAAUAUGUGAUAAAGCAUUUACAGCCUGACCCAGAUUCACUGCCCUCUGAGAGCAAAGCGAGAUGUUUGUUUGAUAUAAAACAUACAGCUGUGUGUUAAGUUUGAACUUUAAUCAGAGGGGUGUGUACUUAAGCAUGUGCUUGUGUGUGAUCCUUUCAGGGAAGGUUUAAUGCAGAGAAGGGAGGGUUGUUUCUUGCUUUCAUAGUGUGAUCAGAGCCAAAAUCACUUUCUACGUACAGAUAGAAAGGUGUUUUUUCCCCUCCCGAAGAUCGCAUAGCUCCCCCCAAAGAAUCCUGGGAACUGUAGUUUGUUAAGGGUGCUGGGAAUUGUAGCUCUUUAGGGUGUAGUUCUCAGGAUUAUUUGGGGGGAAAGCCACAUGCUUUAAAAGUAUGAGGUGAAUUUGACCUAAGUGUUGUAGUUACACUGGUGAGAGGUGAUUUUGGCUCCAUUCACCCUGGGGAAGAAAGAGAGAGGCUCAUAUAUAUGUCCAUAUAUGUAUGAUCCAGUUUGGGAACUUUGCCUGCCACAGCAAAGACUGGGCCAUCCAAAUGUGUUUUUUGCAUUAGGAUGUCUUCCAUUGCUGUUAAGGGGAUGUUUCUUUCCAGUAUAAACACUAUGCGCAAGGGCCUAAUCCAGAUAAGCAGCAGUUGGAGGUUUAAAGCCCCUUUCCUUCUCAUCGCCACCAUCAGAGCGUCCAUCCCAGUCAUCUCCCCCUGUAUGGGCCAAUUUCAUAUACGCAGCUAGAAUGGAAAUAGCUAGCAGUUGGACAGCAACCCAGCUGCCAAGGCCUACUCACGAUUACAGAAACCGGCUUUGUUUUUGUUUGCUUGUUUUGUUUUUUUAAAAAAUAUAAAUCUUUAUUAGUUUAAAAUACAAUCAUACAGUAAAGGUAAGUAUAACAAAAUUAAGCACAAAAGAGAAGGGAAAAAAAAUUCGUCACCUCAAAAAGGUCGAAAAAAGGUUUAAAGUUGACAAAAAAAAGACAAUUAAAAGAACCACAUAUUUACCGUAUUUUUUGCACCAUAACACUCACUUUUUUCCUCCUAGAAAGUAAGGGGAAAUGUCUGUGCAUGUUAUGGAGCGAAUGCCUAAGGAUGGCGGGGGGAUCUGGUGCAGUCGUGAGCAGAGGAUCCAUGGUUCCCCUUCCUUCCCUCCUCAGUGGCUUGCUUUGAAACAGCAAAGCGGGAGAAGAGCCGCUGAGUGGGGAGGAGAGAGGGACAGAGAGCCUGCUUGCUUUAAAGGAGCAAAGCGGGAGAAUAGAGGAGCCUUCUCCUCUUAUACCCCUCUUCUGCAUUAUUAACAGCAUCCUUCUCCAUCCUUUUCCUUCCCUCCCCACUUAAAACGUGGUUACAAAGCACAGAUCCACAUGGAUCCUCAGCACUGGGUCACCCCGAAUUCACCAUCAGAUCACAUAGCAUGUCCAUGGCUACAGCUUACACCAAAAAAAUCACGCACCCACUGUUGCCUGGGGCCGCAGUGGUGCAAAAACGUGGUUACAAAGCAUGGAUCCACAUGGAUCCUCAGGAUUUUUGCACUGGGUCACCCCAAAUUCACCAUCAGAUCACAUAGCAUGUCCAUGGCUACAGCUUGCACCAAAAAAAUCACGCACCCACUGUUGCCUGGGGCUGCAGUGGUGCAAAAACGUGGUUACAAAGCAUGGAUCCACAUGGAUCCUCAGGAUUUUUGCAUUGGGCUACCCCAAACUCACCGUCAGAUCACAUGUCUGUGGCCACAGCAUGAACCACAAAAAUCAUACAUCCGCUGUUUCGUUUAGAAUAUUUUUUUUCUUGUUUUCCUUCUCUAAAAACUAUAUGCGUGUUAUGGUCGGGUGCAUGUUAUAGAGUGAAAAAUACGGGUAUGUAACACCAUGUCUUAUCCAAUAAAGUUUUUAUAGAAACCGGCUUUGAGGGACAAACUAACAAAUAUAUGUGGCCAAUUGUGUCACGUGGCCAGAUUUCUUUAUGGAGAGAUAAUCCCUUGUCUGGCAUGUAUACAGGCUGUCACACCCUUUACCUUUGCAGCUGGUUAAAAUUAAUUGCUCCAUAAUUUGAGUAUCAUACUUAACUGUUCAAAACGAACCUGCCGAGUGUAGCAUGUGAAAUGGAAGGUUGUGCUCUGUGCUUUUUCUUGGGGCUCCACGUAGAUGGAUAUGCAAAUCUGCUUCCUAUGGAGAGAUUUUGCUUGUAAAGAUAUGGGCAGAUAUGUGUAGAAUGACAGAUCUAAAGCAUGCUUGUUCACACUGUCAACAAUCUUUGAAUGGCUGCUAAUUCCAAGAGUCUCCUCCUUCUCCUUCUCCUUCUCCUUCUCCUUCUCCUUCUCCUUCUCCUUCUCCUUCUCCUUCUCCUUCUCUUCCUCCUCCUCCUCCUCCUCCUCUUCCUCUUCCUCUUCCUCUUCCUCCUCCUCUUCUUCUUCUUCACAUACAAAAUUAUAUUCAUUUUACCUCUUUGACUUGAAACCAAUACUUGCUUUCCUUGGAUACAGGGAUGGGAACCUGUGGUCUGCCAAAUGAUGCUGGACUAUAGUCAUCUCCCAUCAGCCCCAGACAGCUUGACCACUGGGCUGGGAUGAUGGGAGAUGUUGGCCAACACAUCUGGAGGACUACAGGUUCCCCAUGCUUAUUUAGCCAAUCCUUCUGACUCAUAACCCCCACGCACAAUUAUUAGCUGGUUGCGUAGACGACAGGAACACUUAAGUUAAAGGGGAAGCAUCUGUUUCAAAGGCUGUGUCUCAAACUUUUAAUUAUGAAGCUCUCCUUUAGAUAUCUCUAUAUAAAAGGAAAACGGAUGAUGGAUGACUGAAAUUAAAGCGAGACAUGUAUAAUUGGAAAUCGGCUCAAGGAUCUUAGGCAGCAUAUUGAAGGCAUCCAUCAUUCGGCCAGUGAAUGUUGUUAUAGGUGGUUAGGAAUGAAGUUCUGAAGCAGGCAUUAACAGAUAUGGGAGCUGAGAAGACGAAACCUCAGAAAAGAAGAAAGGUGAUGAAAGGGAACAGGGAGUGAUGAGAGCUCAUUUCUGAUCCUAGUUUUCAGAGCCGUUCCAACAUUUACAAGCUUCAUUUAAACUAUUAAUACUAGUGUAUAGGCAAAUGUCAUGCACAUCUGCCCCAUUUUUGUCUCUUUUUGGUGAUGUAGUUCACAUUGUUUGACUCUGUGUAAGUGGCCACCCAGAUGUAACCAAUUGUGACUACCUGACCAGUAUACUUGCGUGAUGUGUUUCCAAACACUGGUUUGUUCAUCCUUUGAGUCCUGUAGGUGUACUUUUGAAAUCAUAGUUUUUAGAGCAGCAUUUGAAAAGGUCAAAAAAAGCAGCCCCUGGUUGCUGUUAUUUCAUUGCUCCUGAGCAAAGCCCUCUAGAAAGUGUCUAGUGCAUUCAGACAUUACAAAUCUGACACCAUGUUAAUUAAAGGGAUGUUGCCAUGUGAGCACGUGUCCCAGUGAUAUGGGUCUUUGCAAGAAAAAGUAAAGGGACCGGGUGAAAAUGUUGUGUUAACUGCUCUAUUCUGUGCAUGUGUUGUAUUCAGAGAUCCAAAAUAUGAUUUGGAACAAGUUAUCCAGGCUGGCUCGUUUAAAUCUGUUUGUGUUUGUCCCUUGAUACAGUUGGAACAGGAAGUAGUUCAUCAUCAUUAUGUGUCAUGAAUGCAUCAUCCCACUCCCAGAUAAUUAAUCUGGGAAUCUGUUUUAAACACAACUGCUUUCGCUGCUCACUAUUAACCGUUUUGCCCUCUGCUUCUAGUAAUGAGAACAAGUUACAUCAUUGUUCGGAUUUCUUUUGUUCCUGGUAUAUUUAAAUGCACACUCACAAUAGCAUUUUCCCCUGCCAGCUGUGGAUCUUUCCCUGUUGCAUAUAGUUCUUUAGUCAUUCUCUACGUCUCCCAGUGCCUAAUUUGCAUUAAUUGUUUUCCAUUCAUCUGUUUUUAUUAUAUGUCACUGCCCUUCACAGUUCUUCUAAACUCCUCACAAAAGUUGCUUGAGUUUUUGCAGAACGCCAUUAACUAUCAAAACUUCUCAUGGCAUUUUUCCAUUCCCAGGUUUUAAAGUGGAAUAUUAGGGGCGGUACAGCACAAGCACACACUGGGCACCCAGAGCUGACCUGAAGGUGUAUAGCAUUAUGACUGGAGAGAGAUGUUUUUCUCCCUCUCUGUAACACUAAAACCCAAUGAAGCUGAAUGCUGAAAGACUGACAGCAGACAAAAGAAGUAUUUAUUCACACAGUGCAUCAUUUAACUAUGGAAUUCAUUCCCACAAGAAGGAGUAAUAAUGCCCACCAACUUCCAGAGCUUGAAAAGGGGGUUAGACAGAUUCAUGGGGAAUAAGCCUAACAAUGGAUACCAGUCAUGAUGGCUUUGUGCUGUCUUCAGUGCAGUGUGCCUCUGAAUACAAGGUGCUAGGCAUAACAAGUGGGGGGGGGAGUAUUUGUCCUCCUAUCCUGUUUGUGGAGUUUCCAUAGGCAUCUGGUUGUCUGCUGUGAGAACAGGAUGCUGGACUAGAUAGGCCUUUGGUCUGAUCUAGUAGGACGACCCUUAUAUUCUUGAGGUGUGAGCGCAUGCUGGCAAAGGUGUGUCGUCAGGGUGAAAGUGCUCUCCUUCCCAUUCAGAACAUUCCCUUUUUAUACGAUGGGGUAAAAUGGCAAAUUUAUUGACAUCAAUUGGAGCACUAGACUGAUGAUGACUGCUUGGUCUUUCUCAAAUGUCACUGUAAACUUUGGAAAGAACACUAAUUAAACACUGGAAGGAAGACUAGCUGUGCACAUGUAAAGUGAAGAUUGGACUCGUGGUGAAGAACAAACUGAAUGUGAGUCAGCUAUGCGACACUCCAGCACAAAAGGCCAGUUCAAUUCUGGUUUGUGGAAACAUUCUACCCAAGGCUCAAGCAGGAAUAAUAUGUUUUAUGCUGCACUGGCAAGGCCUCAUGUAGAUUACUAGGAACAUCACAGUUCCAGGAGCAUGUUGCUAAAUCAGAAAAGAUUCAGAGCUCAGGUUAAACCUGUCAUCUGAGGAAAGGCUUGAAGCACCUAUGUAUGUACUCAGCCUAGAGAGAACAAGAUAGAGCUAUUUAAAAAAAAAAAAUCCAACCCUUUAGCAACAGUUUUUGUUUUUUUAAAAGCAAUGACGUAAUUGACUUUGUAAACGUGUGGCUGUAGCACAGGGACUCACGAAGAUGCCUGGUAAGUAUGUGAAUCAGCUUUUCAAAUGAAAUACUUGUAGUUGAGCUUUUCGUAUCAGGAACGGCCACGGUCGUAUUUCUUCCAAGCAGGUGAGAAACUUUGCUUUGUGACUAAUGAGGUCUGUGUCUGCUUAGGCCUCCAGAGAAAGCACCGUCCCCCCCUGACAGACAGGAAUGUGGAAGAAGGCCUGCAAGGAAGUGCCAAAUGUAUACACUCUGCACCUGAGGAGCAUCUCAGAGGACACCAACUCCUGGCAGAUCCCAGGAAGGCCAGGGGGCUAAAUAAACCUGCCAGCUAGACUCUCUUCCUCAAAGCCAUUGGUGUCAAGGCAUGCCCUCUGUUGUGACAGAUAACUGGUGAGUCAUUUUGCAGCAUGGCUGAUGAGGUGUGCUCGCCUAGCAAGGGAAGGAGUGCCGUUAUUAUGAAUAGGGUUUUCUCCUAAAUUUCAAAACUGUCAGCAGUUACAUAUUGCAGGCAGGGACAGGAGCAUCACAGCUCUGACUCAGGGGUGGGAUACCUGCGGUCCCUGAGAUGUUCCUGGAUUCCUGUCAGCCUUGAUCAGCAAAACUGCGAUCCUAGAGAGGGAUUGGAAAUGGCUGACAGGAUUAUGACGUAGCUACUCUGUUCCUGCCUAUCAGUCUGCUCUUGCAGCUACUGCUUCCAGUGUUCUGCUUUUGCUGGCUAACUUGAAAGUAUUUCAUAAAAGAACAAACAAACUUGACACACUGCCGAAACUGUUUUUGUUCCUCUACCCGGAACUAGGUAACUGAAUGUAAUUAUGAGACUGAUUAUGGAAGAUGUCCAUUGCUUGUUUGCACGUAGAGCUGACAGUUCGUUAGACUUGCUGGGUUCUUUCCAUCAGGGCCUUUUGGCACCUUUAUGACAGGCAAAACUGCUGCCACAUCUGAGCCUUCUUCUAGAGUGGGAAUUCAGUUAAGGGAAAAGCUUCACCCGCUGAAGUUUUGCCUCUUGCUCAGGUGUCAAUAGCAUUAGUACAGAAGAAAGAAGAUGGGAAUCCUAUGCUUUCAGUGUUUGAAGAAAAAGAUGGUCCAGCAUAGUAACUUCUUUGGAGAUCCAUAUUUUAAAAAACAAAUAUUGUUUAAUUUAUGUGUGUACACACACAGAGAGAGAGAGGCAAUUAGCUGCAAUCCUGGCAUAUUUACUCAGAACUAAGGAUCAGACCAUAAGAGUGCUGAUUUAUUAAACAUGUUUUCCCUGGUUCAGCUGCAACAGAGUGGCAAUGGUUCACUUUUUACACUCAUGGGACUGUCUAGGAGUGUGGAGUCAAACCUGUUCCUCUCCCCAAGCUCCAUUGUUUUCAACAUUUGCUCCCUGUCAGGAUGUACUUUGUAUGGAUGCAUUAUCACAUCCCAGUAGCUAAGGAAACAAUGAUUUUUCUGGCAAAAUCCACAAGAGAAUAUGGCCUUCAAGCUAAGAAAGAUUCCCCACCCAUUUUCCAUUAGUUCAUGCUUGAAUUUCAGUUCAUGAAUUAAGACCAAUAUUUGUUUCAUUUUCAUGUCUCUUGCCUGAUUAAAAUAUUGACCAGUUUGUUUGUUUUUGGCAGAAAUGGAUGAAGUUUUCAGGCAUUUCUAAGAGGAUGAAUUCUGCCAAAAUACAUCUGCAGUGCUUUACCUGCCAGGGCAGCAUUUACAGUUUGGAGGUGGUUUUAAAAAGAGUUAACUUAAUUCCCCUAUUGUUUUGUGGGCAAUAGGUGUGAAAAUAAUUGUGUGUGAAAAUAAUACAUAUCGGACAGGUGUCCCAAAGCAAGAAAGCUGCCAUAAUUCAAAAGGAUUGGUGCAGGGGCUUUUGUGCUGGGUACUUUUUAAAGUUGAUUUUCUUGAGGAGAACUAAAAGGGAGUCAUUCCCCCAUCCCUGACAUUUUGCAGGCAACAAUUUUGCAUGAAAAUAGCAUGCAUGGUAGAGUUGCCUUUAGGAGAGUAACUUGCAAAAUACCAGAAAGACAGGUGCAUAGGCUAUAAGUUAUAAGGAAAGGAAAAACAGCUUCAGGCUUGUUUGAUGCUCAGUUGGCACUAAAAGCCACAGAAACUUAAGUGCAGAGUUGAUUUAAUGGGAGUGGAUGCGUGGCAUUGGCAAAGGCAGAAGGAGUUAAAUGCCCAGCAUUUUCCAAGGAAGCAAGCAUCAGUAGCAGAACUAUCAAAAGCGCAGAGCAGAUCAAGGUGAUGCAUUGCUGUGAUUGCAAAACACUGGUAAGAUUAUUCCCUCUGAUUAUCAUUAUUUUUCAUUUCUAUUUAUAAAUAGGGGAAAAUCUCAAAGUUGUUUACAAGCCUACAUUAAAACAUCAAAUAGAACAUUAAAAAAUAAAGCAGAACUUCUUACAGAAGAGGUUCAAAUAUAAAAUAUAUAUACUCAGUGAUUUUGGACCGGUUGGUUGGAGCAUGGCGCUGAUAAUGCCAAGGUUGCAGGUUCGAUCCCCGUAUGCGACAGCUGUGUAUACCUGAAUUGCUGGGCGUUGGAAUAGAUGAUCCUCAAGGUCCCUUCCAACUCCAGAAUUCUAUGAUUGUAUGAAAACAACGUAAUUAACAAGAAAAUAGAAUGCUAUCUUAAAGAUUUCAAAAUAAAACAUUACAGUGGAAGGUCAAAUACAAAAUAUACAUUUAAGACAGCAAAAUUAAGACAAAAUAUUUUCUUAGACAGGGACACGGGUGGCGCUGUGGGUUAAACCACAGAGCCUAGGACUUGCCGAUCAGAAGGUCGGCGGUUCGAAUCCCCACGAUGGGGUGAGCUCCUGUUGCUCAGUCCCUGCUCCUGCCAACCUAGCAGUUCAAAAGCACGAAGUGCAAGUAGAUAAAUAGGUACCGCUCCAGCGGGAAGGUAAACGGCAUUUCCGUGCGCUGCUCUGGUUCGCCAGAAGCAGCUUGGUCAUGCUGGCCCCAUGACCCAGAAGCUGUCUGUGGACAAACGCCGGCUCCCUCGGCCAAUAAAGUGAGAUGAGCGCCGCAACCCUAGAGUCGGCCACGACUGGACCUAAUGGUCAGGGGUCCCUUUACCUUUAUCUAUUUUCUUAGACAUUUCAAAAUGAAACAUUCCUAAAGGAGGUCAGAUAUAGAAUGCACAUUUAAAAUGGCAUAAUUAGCAAGAAAAUGAAGUAUUAUCUUAAACGUAAAAUGUAGCUGCUGCUAAUGGUGGCUCAUUUCGGGGAGCUGCUACUGGAGUUUGGACUUGGUGGGUGGCAGGCACAGCCAGCAGGCACUUCAAAUCUGAGAGCCAAGAGAAUGGCUCCAAAUGCAACUCUCCCACCCAACCCUCUCCCUCAUCUCUGUAGAGUUUUCCUCAUAUGGCAAAGUCGGGAGGAAAGACUUCACUUUUAGCCUUUUGCCUGAAUAUCCAAAGCAUUCCAAAUCACUUUGGUUGCCCCAGCUUCACUUCAGGGGGCACUUUGGAAAGACCCCAUUCUGGUUCAGACAAGAAUCUUUCCCAAAGCAGCUUCAGCUCAGGAUUCAGGGUUUGUCUGAAUCUGAUGUGCAUCCCUAAUAUCUAUGACAAACUCACAUUUUGCAGAGGCAAAAUGUAUUAAGGCAGCUGUUAAAGCGUGGGACUAACUACUGAAAUAAUUCCCAAGUAUUUCUUGAUAGAGUGAAUGCCACAGAGAGCUGAAUGUAAAAGUUGACAGUUCUGUGUGAGUGCCUGUCUCAGGUUUCUUGCAGAUAAUAGCAGAAAAUCCAGCCGGGGUUUUGCAAAAAGCAUCUGAAAGUGCUAGGAUUUCACAAAAAUAAAAAAAAACUAUGUUGUCGCCUGCAAGUUCUUAUACCUAGCAAUAUCAUUCUCAUCACCAUUAUUUAGCAAUAUUAUAAAUUGCCUCUCUUUUUUCUACGUAUUGUACAAAACUUACAAAAUAAAACUCUGCCUACUGUCGGGCUUACAGUCUAACAGACAUUAUACAAAAGGAAUACAGAGUGAAGGAAAGGGGUGGAGAAGCACUGGAACAGCUGCACCUUCUCAGCCAGUGGAUGGUGCCAGGCUUUCUGAAAGGCAAGAGGUGUUAGCAGACCUUGCAGCUUGGGUGGAUUAGAUUAGAAUAAUCAGUAUGUGGAAUUCAAAGGUUUUAUUCAUGCAGGAACUAUUUACAGGAUGCAUGGAGAUAGAAGGGAAGAAAUAGAAGACAGAACAGUAAACAAAAUGACUCAGCUUUUAGGAGUGGAGUUAACUUAGAGAGCUACCAACAAAUGCUGACUAGAUUGCUACACAAACAAGGCCCUCUGCAUUAACAAGAAGCUUAAGAGAAGGAAAUGCAUUUACUUUCCUUCAACAAUAGAGUGCAUCCUCCAUGGAAAAUCCAGUGAAGUUCCCCUUCAGUUCUGCAAUCCUAGGGUAACUGACAAUUGGAGCAGAUUGUUCUUUCUGGCAAGAAAACAAAUUCAUUGCAAUUGUUGCUUCUUUGGCCAAUGGAUGGAACCCAGCCAACUUACAAACCCUUACCAAAAAGUGAAAUUUCUUGCAAGUAAAAAUUAUAUACAAUGUUCAGGUUUUUCUUUUUACCCUUGUCUGGACUACAUAUGCAAAAGCUUACUACUUCAAGGGGCAAAUAAAGAAAUUAUCAUGUGCAGGAUAAGGAUAAGAGUCACUUUGCAUAAACAAACUCUAUGGAGAAUUGGACUGAAACUGUAGUCUCAUUUUACAAGGUGUAUGUCUGAACCCACAUACACGCCUACCACACAUGCGUCUUCAGCGUACAGCUCUGAGAGGACUGGAAUAUUUUGCAUAGAGUCAGUACAUGCCUCCAUUUAAACUGGUGUACAUCUUUCACCCUUAUGCCCAUAAAGACCUUUGUACACCAUAAUGUAAAUAAAGAUUGGUUUAUUACAGGGGUCAGUAAACAUUUUCAGCAGGGGGCCGGUCCACUAUCCCUCAGACCUUCUGGGGGGGCAGACUUUAUUGGAGGGGGGGUGAACGAAUUCCUAUGCCCCACAAAUAACCCAGAGAUGCAUUUUAAAUAAAAGGACACAUUCUACUCAUGUAAAAACACUCUGAUUCCCAGACCAUCCGUGGGCCGAUUUUAGAAGGCGAUUGGACCAGAUCCGGCCCCCAUGCCUUCGUUUCCCUACCCAUGGUUUAUUACAUGGAAAUGAAACAUAUAGAGUAUAUAGCCUUCAGUCAUCAAGGUUACACAUAUGCAGGCAGCAAUACAAUCAUUAAAUAUUCACACCUUAGGUGCAAAGAGUAAAGAGUCAUUUACUACUAAAAAACCUAGAAAGAAUGAUCUCAGGAAUAUGCCUUCGCUAAGUGGAAUAGAAAACCAGGUAUGUGGGGAUAUAGCAGAACUCGGAGCAAACAGAGCACAUUGUCAGGGAUAGAAAUCUCUCUCAUACACACACACACACACACACACAAACAUAUGAGAAAAUUUUCAGUGGACAAAUAAAGUAAAAGAAAGGAAAAAAGGAAAACAAAAAGGUGCUUUAAACCGUAAUACAAUACAGCUGUACAAUACAACUAACGAUGAAUUUGUGAAAUGAUUAAGUGGGCACAAGGUGUGGGUCACAAUAUUGAUUAUGAAUUAUGGGGAAAGUUGUGGGAAAUAAAUAUGAAUUUCACGACAUGCUUUGCAAUAAAAGAAAAUAUGAUGAAAAUGACCCACAGAUAAUAUAUAACACCCACAAGAUUGGCAAAAAUGUAUAAAAAAAGAAAAAGGUAUAUGUUGGAAGUGUAAUGAAAAUGAGGGAUUUUUUUCCACAUGUGGUGGUCCUGUAAAGUAAUUAAGGAAUAUUGAGAAACUAUAUAUAAUGAAUUUUUAAAAGAUAAUUAAGAAAACUUUCCCCACCUGUGAUUUUCCUCUUGGGGAUGGUAACAACGGAGGUCCCCAGAAAACACUAUACGCCAAUGCCGCAGCUAGAACCUUGUCGGCACAAAGGUGGAAAACAAGUAUAGUACCCACUAAGGAAGAACUGCUGUGUAAAAUGCUUCAGUAUGCCAAACUGGCUGGUCUGACAUACAGGAUAAGAGGAAAUGAAUAUAAGUAAAAAAGGAGGAAUUGAUCAUGUUUAUUGACUAUUUUAAGAACCAGUAUAAACGAAUACAUAGCUUAGCAGAACUUUAGUAAAUCUAGCAGAGUUGAAAUAGAGCUUUUAAUAGAUAACAAAUUGGAUGAUUAAAAAGAUGUGGAUUACGCAGAGUAGUAGAAAAGCAAAGGAACCAGGAUAAGGGUGGAAGGGAACCCAUAUGGUAUAUGUAUACAUGCUGUAUUUGGUACGAAGUAGUAAGUGGAACAGGGAGAGGGAGGGAAGGGGCUAAGUAUGCUCCCUGUUACUGUUUUUGAAAAUGCAAAUGAAAUAAUAAAUGGGGGGGGGGGGACUGUAAUACAAUACGGUAUUUAGGUAUAUAAGUAAUGCUAUUAUUCUGACAAGUAUAUAAUUAUUAACAAAGAAUUAUAAUUUUACAAGUGCAUUCCAAGUGUCAUGAUAUUUAUCCAUACACUUUUAUAUCUCUCCCCACCACUUUGUUCUGAAAUGUAGGGAGAUGCCCAGGCAGUGGGACAUCUCUGCAGCAUGCUGAGGAGACGUAACCUUCUCACUACACUUCUGAUUGCUUUGCCAUGGGGGCUUCUUCUUACAUUGUGGCAUCAGUACCCAACUACCCGCUACCUCAGCAUUCUGAGAAGUAAGUGUACCAGGGCCAAUCUUACAAAGAGCUUCUUUUUUCCCCAUAGCAAUUACAGUGUGCGGGGGUAAUUAAAAUACAAAUGUGAAUGUGGUGAAGGUCUCGUUGGCACUGCAGUGGGUGUUUUAUGAUUUAUUCUCUCUAUUCGACUUGCCUUAGAGGAAACAGAUGAAAACGUGACGGCCAAAUCUCUCUUCAAUAAUAGCACAUCGCUCGCGAGGGAGGAUGGACUCUCAUCAUGUGCUCGGCAGCCGGCUGUUGGGGCAGCUCCAAAAAUAAUCCGGAGCUAUGUGUACUCCAGGCCUCCCCCAUGGUCAGAGGCUCUGCCUGCCAUCUUUGUGAUCACCCCUACCUACAGCCGGCCAGUGCAGAAGGCUGAGCUGACCCGUCUGGCCAAUACUUUCCUCCAUGUGCAGAACCUCCACUGGGUGGUGGUGGAAGAUGCUCCCAGAAGGACCAACCUAGUAUCCAAUCUGCUGGAGAAGACAGGGAUCAAUUUUACGCACCUGAAUGUUGAGACUCCUAAGAGUCUGAAGAACCCUUCCUGGCUCCCAUCUCACAAACCGAGGGGCACGUUGCAAAGGAAUCUUGGACUGCAUUGGCUGAGGGAGAAUUUUGGCACCACACCACCACCAGAGGGUGUGGUCUACUUUGCUGAUGACGACAACACCUAUAGUCUAGAGCUCUUUGAAGAGGUAUGAGACUCGAGUUUAGGGUAGUUUGAUCUUUGGGGUCCAUGAUUUAGGCACAUUGGUUGAGUGCAUUGCCUAGCCAUAGUGGACAGCAUUAUUUGGGUGGAUAGGAAGAGAUGCCAACCAUAUGACAAAUGAGAGAUGCUGGAGCUCAGUGGUAGAGUACUUGUUUUUAAUCCCAAAGGUCCCAGACUGGAUCCCCUGGAUGUCUAAAAAAGAAGAGAGGUCUGUAUGAAAUCAUCAAGAGCUUCAGCCAGUCAUUUUAAACAACAGUUAGCUAACUCUUGACAAAGUACCUCACUAAGGACUCCUGGUUUUGCUUGGCAGUCAUGGAAUAAGAAGUGAGGUCCUCUUGUGGAUCGGUAAGCAGAGAGUAGAAAUAAAUGGUCAGUUCUCCCAAUGGAUGAAUGUAGAAAGUGGAGGCCCGCCCCCAAGGAUCAGUAAUGGGCCUUGGGCUUUUUAACUUGUUCAUAAUUGAUCAAGGUGAGCAGUAAGGUAAUUCAGUUUGCUGCUGACACUAAACUGUUCAGGGUCAUUAAAACAAGAAAAGGAUUUUCUACAAUAAAAUAGACGGACCUCUCCAAACUGAGAGAAUGAGUGGCAAAAUGGCAAAUGUAAAUCAGUGUAAACAACCUUAAAGUGAAGUACAAAAUCUGAAUUUCAUGUGCAUGCUCAUGGCAUCCUAGCUGGCAGUGACAGACCUUCGGUUUCUAUUCCCAGUUUGCAGCAGCUGUGCAAAGGCAAGUUCCAUGCUAGGGACCAUUAGGAAGGGAAUUGAAAAUAAAACUGCCAAUAGAAUAUCAUGAAACAAAUCUAUCAUGCAGCCAGAUUUGGAAUACUGUGUACAGCGGUUCUGGUCAUCUCACCUCCCAAAGGAUAUUGUAGAGUUGGAAAAGGUUCAGGAAACGGCAACCAGAAUGAUCAAGGGGAUGGAGAAACUCCUCUGUGUGGAAAGGUGAAUAUAUUUGGGGCUUUUUAAUUUAGAGAGCAGGCAACAGGAUAGAAGUACCCUGAAGGGUAGCUCAGUCAGUAGAGCAUGAGACUCUUAAUCUCAGGGCCGUGGGUUCGAGUCUACAUUAGGCAAAAGAUUCCAGGACUCUACAAAUCUAUGAUGCUGUGUAGUGUAUAAGAUUGUGUAUGUUGUACAGAAACCGGUUAGAGAAUAAAAAAAAUUUCCCUCUCUCAUAACACUAGACCUCAUGAUUAUCCACUGAAGUUUAAGGUUGGAAGAUGAAAGAAAAUAAUGCUUCACACAGUUCAGCUAUGGAACUUGCUCCUACAAGGGGUAGUAUUAGUUACCAACUACCCUUUUUAAAGAGGAUUAGGCAAACUAAUGGAUGAUCAGGCUAUCAGUGGCUACUCACUACGAUGGUUAGCUCCACAGUCAGAGGUAGUAAUGCUCCUGAAUACCAGUUGCUGGAAACCUUAGCCGAGGAGAGUGGUCCUGUGCUCAGGUCCUACGUACAGACUUCUCAUGGGCACCUGGUUGGCCACUAUGAGAGCAAGAUGCUGGCCUAGAUAGACCACUGACCUCAUCCACCUUAGGUUCAUCCUCCUCCUCAUUUUAUUCGUAUGCUGCCUUUCCAUAGUUAAAACCAUGUUCAAGGCAGCUUACAACAUGAAAAGAUUUACAUAAUUCAGAGCUGUUCCACCGGGCCUUUGGUCAGGGCACAGCCUGACUCCCUCCUUUGGCAAUCUCCACAGAACCUUAGCUUAAUGGUUGCCAACAAUUUGAUUUUAAUUAAUUUUUAUAAUGAAAUGUUUUUAGAAUAUUGUACUAUUUUAUUGUUGUUAGCCGACCUGAGCCCGGCUUCGGCUGGGGAGGGCGGGAUAUAAAUAAAAUUUAUUAUUAUUUAUUAUUAUUAUUAAUAAUUCCAAACAUUUGUUGUUUAGUCAUUUAGUCGUGUCCGACUCUUCAUGACCCCGUGGACCAGAGCACGCCAGGCACUUCUGUCUUCCACUGCCUCCUGCAGCUUGGUCAAACUCAUGCUGGUAGCUUCGAGAACACUAUCCAACCAUCUGGUCCUCUGUCGUCCCCUUCUCCUUGUGCCCUCCAUCUUUCCCAACAUCAGGGUCUUUUCCAGGAGUCUUCUCUUCUCAUGAGGUGGUCAAAGUAUUGGAGCCUCAGCUUCAGGAUCUGUCCUUCCAGUGAGCACUCAGAGCUGAUUUCCUUAAGAAUGGAUAGGUUUGAUCUUCUUGCAGUCCAUGGGACUCUCAAGAGUCUCCUCCAGCACCAUAAUUCAAAAGCAUCAAUGCUUCGGUGAUCAGCCUUCUUUAUGGUCCAGCUCUCACUUCCAUACAUCACUAAAUUCCAAACAUAAAAAGGCAUAAAAAUAAAAUGCAUCAGAAAGUACACAGCCAAAUUUAAACGAUUUCCAAGUAAAUCAUAAUAAGAUCUAAAAAUAAAGGUGCAAGAACUAUUAUCAAUCACAACCAUCAGUUGCAAUCCUUUGCACACUGCCGCCCAUUGAACACAAUGGAGCAUAUUUCUGAGUAAGCAUGAAGUGUAGGCUGCAAUCCUAGCUCCAGUUACUUGGGUGCAUACCCCCAUUGGAUUCAAUGGGAUUUAUUUCCGAGUAGACAUGGUUAGGAUUGUGCUGUUUGUGCUACCGUUUUUUACAACGCUAUUGCUGUGCCCAUUAACCUGUCGGGCUUUUCAGAAGGUGGGUGCAUAGAAGGGAAGUCAAAGGAAUCAAAGGGGAAUGCUGGAGGAAUUCUCAGAGGAACGGCCAUCACAAUUUUGUUUUCUUUCUGACAAGCAGAUGCGCUACACAAAGAAGGUGUCCGUCUGGCCAGUCGCCUUUGCUGGGGGCCUCAGGUACGAGUCCCCAAAGCUGAGCCCGGCAGGCAAAGUGGUGGGCUGGAAGGUCGUGUUUGACCCUAACCGGCCCUUUGCCAUCGACAUGGCUGGCUUUGCCAUCAGCCUCAGGCUGAUCCUGGAGAAGCCUCAGGCCACUUUCAAGCUGGACGGAGUGAAAGAAGGUUACCAAGAAACUAGCCUGCUGAAGGAUCUGGUUACGAUGGAUGGAUUGGAGCCCAGAGCCGCCAACUGCACAAAGGUUAGCAUGGCCUGAAUGUUUGCGCAACAGCCUUCCCACACCCCCCCCCCCACCAUCCACUUCCACUCUGGAAGGUGCCUCUCAUCAGAGAUUAGGCAGGCCAAAGGUAGAAUAUGGGGAGCACAUCCAGUUCUGUUGUAUUGGGCACAGAGCUUCUGGGGUACCGCAGAUGGUGCUGUAACUAUGACAGCCAAUGAAAGGUCGGGGGGAGAGGAUCGGAUUUUAGCAUCACACACAGGGGUUCCACUGAAAUUUGAGACACCCAGGUCUGCCACUGGGUAGGCACCCACUGUCAAGUAUUUCCAGCAUGUUUUAGCAUCUUACUGCAAUGAACAUUAAAGUUUUACUGAUAUUUUAUGAAAUGUCUUAUGGCUCAACAUUCUGUGGCUACAGAGCAUGCUUAGUCUUCAUUUGGGGUGUUCCCAAACACUGGGGUCUGCCAAGCCCUCCGAUCCCCCUUCCCCUUGUGCAAAUUUGGGGGUUGUUUGGUUACAAAGGGGUCAGUGCUCAUGGAAUUGUUCGUUGGUUUGUUUCAUAAAAUUUAUAUCCUGCUUGAUUGUAAAAAACAAACAAAACCCACCUCAAAGCAGUUUACAGAAAGAUAAGCAAUAAAAUUACAAGCCUAAUUUAAGUACACAGUUAAAAAACUAAAACAGAUUAAAAUUAACUCAACUCAAAUGAUUUCCACAUUAGUAGGAGUGAUUGUUAUUUAAUUGAUUUUGGUUUUUUGCGAAAUCCUGUUUCUUCUUUUAAAAGGGAAGGUUAUUGCUUUGUUUUGUUUUUUGAUUUAAUUAAUUACUUGUUGUUUUUAUCUUAUAUUUUAUUCUGUGAACCGCCAUGAGAUCUUGUGACAAAGGGUGGAAAAUACAUUUAAUUCAUUAAUAGAAAGAGCAGUAUCAACAUGCCCUUCCAACAAGGCUUGCAGCUCCUAUCGAUGUAUACAUGUUCCAGAGAUUCUUCUGUUCAGACAGAAGUAUACUUUCAGUUCAGAUGUAUACAUUCCAGAGGCUUCAUGAAUGGCUGCCGUGCAUAUUUGCCAAUAUUUCCCUUCAGGUUCAGCCAUGACAUCCUAAUAAGGUGCACAUUCUCUCUGUAGGUCUUGGUCUGGCACACGAGGACAGAAAGGCCAACACUGGUUAAUGAAGGCAAACGCGGAUUCACAGAUCCAAGGGUGGAGGUGUAAUCGGGAAAUCACCUUAUUCUGUAAGUAUUUGCAUGCAUGGGCAUAGCCAAAGGCGGAGGCAGGGUGUCAGGAGUUUAGCUUACACUCGAGUAGGACCCUGGCAGAGACACAUGCCCAACUGGCAUGUUCUCUCCCUCCUGGUCGAUUGUUCAGGAGCUUCAAAAGCCCGAACAUCACAGCGACCGAUGCCAACCAACACCGGCACACUUAGGGAUCCACAGAGUCUUUACAGCAUUGCAUGACAGACCUCAGCAACUCAGCAUGUUGGCUAAUCUACUUUAUUUACAUAUAAACACACACGGAGCACUGCAACAUGGCUCCCUCUCUCUCUAGCAUCAGACAGCAAAGAGGAAAAGAACAAAGGACAAUAGUCCCACUUCACGGAACACAGUAACACAAACAUCCUGUCUCCAUCACUUCCCACUCUGUGGAGUCAAAACAUAUACCGUCAUGUGAUAGACAAAAAUCCCAUGACUGCAAUCAUGGAGCAGGAAUUCUAACACAGGGAAGUGCAGCUGCCCUACCCUAAAUCAAAAAAAAAUACAUAGCUAGCUAAGGUUCUGCCCCUCCCUCCCAACAAAAAUCCUGGCUAUGCCCAUGUUUGCGUGUGUCUGUACUUCAUUCUGGGCUUGUGAAUAGCUCUUCUGAAUAACUUACAUGUAGGAUGCAGAACCUGAAAACAUUAAGAUAUUUCAGUCAUCCUAACUAUCUUUGACAGCCACAUUCACACCAUAAAUUUAAAGCACUAUGAUACAGCCAUGGCUUCCCUCAAAUAAUUCUGGGAGCUGUAGUUUGUUAAGGGUGCUGAGAGUUUUUAGGAGACCCCUGUAUUCCCCUCACAUAACCCCAGAGUUCCCUGUGAAGAGGGAUUGGCUGUUAAACCACUCUGGGAAUUAUUGCCCUGGGAAGGAAACAGAGGUCUCCUAACAAAAUCUACAACUCUUUAGAGAAAGUUGUGGCAGUUUAAAGUGGUAUUCAUGGUGCUUUACAUGUAUGGCAUAAAUGUGUCCUAACCUACUGGAACUCAGGGCCUUUGCAGAUUCCAUAAUAAUUUGUACUCAUUAUGAUAUUUGGGCCAUUCUACAGGAUCCUACUUCCAUGCCCUCUGGCUCCUGCAGAAACCCUGUAAUUUUUUAAAAACUGAAAAUGUUGCUGGGUUUUUGUUUGUUUUUCAUCUCGUCAUUGUUGUUCUAUAGCACAAGAGUGCCCUUCCAAGUGGUAAUGUUGGAGAAGCAUCGCAGAACAGUUAAUAAAGCAGAAUGAUCCAGUACAAAUGCAGCAUUAAUGUACCAUUUUGGGGACAACGACAUAUUGCAAAAUACACUGCGGGGGGGGGGGGACCCAAAUUGCCCAGUCUGGAGUGGCCCUGACUCAGCCCAUGAUAGGAACAACCUCUGGUACAGAUUCUUAUAAAGUGUUUGGCUGUGUAAAUAAGAGUCAGGGCAGUCUCCAGGGCAUAGGCAAUGGUUAAUUUAGUCUUGCAAAGGUUUUUCUUUAGCUAUGUAUGUCACGUAACCACAGUUCAUGCCGCAAGGGACUUCCUGGAAAUGAAUUCUACAUCACAGCGUUAGGCUGAGCCGGUGGAAUGGACUUGGAAGGCAAAGGUAGGGAAGGCUUGAUUUCCUUUAAUAGUUAAACUUGCCCAAAGGCAAGAAUCUGAAACCACCUAUAUGCAGCACUGCAGCAUAAAUACUUCUUUGUUCUCCAAAAUAUUAGCUUCUUUGUGGUUUUUAGGGGGUAUUUUUACAAAAAAGAAGAGACGAUUUGUUGAGAAAAUCCUAGCUUAGCUAUCUUUGCGAACUGAAACGAUAAAGCCCUCUUGGCCCGGACACGACCAAGUUUGUUACCCUCGGGCAGCGCCAUCAUAGCCUGGCAGAGGUCAGGGACUACAAAUCUGAUCCUGGCUUCACAGAAAGGCACAGAAAGGACAUAUUGUAAAGCUUUUGGAGCAGCGUAACAAAGUGAGGGGAAUUAGUAUCUGCUGACAAUUCCGAAACACGGCUUUUCAGGGACCGAGGCUUCUGUUCCAGUUAAUUCCAACAGGAUUUAUGUCAGAGUUUCUGAAAGACGGUGCCCUAAUUCUCUCUGCAUAUAAAAAUGGGUUGUUGUCCAUCUUUGGCUUGGCUUGUAGAUUAAAGAGGGAAAGCAGCCUGGAAAAAAAUAUGACCUGAAUUGGGAGCCAAGCUAAAUGCUGAGUGUGGAACAUAAAAAGUCAGGCUGCUUGUCCAUCCAGCCCAAUCUUGUCUACUCUGACUGGAAUGGCUCCCAGGCAGAUUACAUUAAUGUCACCUGCUCCUUUUAACUUCAGUGCUGGGGUCUGCAGUGGGCUUGCCACAGAAAACAGCAGCCACAUGUUUACCUUUUCUCCCUCCAGAACACCUAGUGUGAAUGUAUUAAUCUUAUGUAUCUUUGUCUAUCUCUGUCUACCUCUGUCUGUUUGCAGAUAGAGAAAUAGAUACAGGUCUAGCUAGCUUUAUAUCUCUUUCUCUCUAUCUUUAUGCACACAUUGCCAUUUACUUCGGCUCCACUGUGCUCCCACCGCUGGUGUUUGAAGCCAAGUACGCGUGAUGUUUGCCACAAUCCCUAUCUGUCCUGUAGCUUCUUGAGAAUUGCCGCUGUUUGAUGGGUUUGCUCUCAGCUUCCAUCUGAUUUGAAAACACCAGCCACUGUUAAGGUGUGUGCAUUUCAGGUGUCUGUCAAACACGUGCGGAUGGCAGCACAUGCACUGAUGGUGGUUUCAUUGAAAAGAAGUUCAGGGCAGGUUGCAGGUGCAGGGAAAUGAAUCAGGUAAUGUGGAUCGGGUGAAGACACCCCGGCUCCUCUCUGGUGUGUACAGCAAUGUAAACAUGUGGUUUAUGACACAGCAGAGGGAAGACAUCUCCCUGCUUUUUAUGCCACUAAUGUGUGAGCAGUCUAUAUAUAUAUAUCUCCUGCUGUGCCAGAAUUUUUAGAAACCAAGAAAUAUUGUGAUUUUUAAAUGUGUAAAUUGUGAGUUUUGACCCAUCAUACUACUACUACUACUACUACUACUAAUAAUAAUAAUAAUAAUAAUAAAAAUGUAUUUCUUUAUACCCCGCCCAUCUGGCUGGGUUUCCCCAGCCACUCUGGGCAGCUCUCAACAGAAUUAAAAGCACAACAGAACAUCAAACAUUAAAAACUUCCCUAGACAGGGCUGCCUUGAGAUGUCUUUUAAAAUUAAGAUAGUUGUUUAUUUCCUUGACAUCUGAUGGGAGGGCGUUCCACAGGGCAGGUGCCACUACAGAUUCAAAAUGGCGUCUGAUGUAGAAAUGAUGGUGAAAGCUGCCACCCCCACCUCAGGAAACCUGAUGCUGCGUUUGGCAACGAUAUCAAGAGGCGGCCAAACCUAUACCCACGGAGGGGGCAAAGUCUGUCCAGAACCUGUCCCAUUAAACUUUAAUUAGCUUAAUGCUAAUCAAAUGUCCAGUGCGCUUCCGAUGCGACAAUGUGCCAUUACAGCAGAGCAUUUCGCACAGCGGCUCAAGAAGGGCUGGAGAGUCAGCAUCUUUUCAAGAAAGGGAUCUUGGAGCAAGCGGUUUGGAACUCAAAUAAAAGGUUUAUUUACACAAAACAAAAACCCUGGUGAAGAACCACACAUUUCAGCAAACACGCCCCAAAAAAAAGGAAAAAAAAGGGGGCAAACACACGAGUGAGCUGAUUAUUUAUACAGACUCACAUUCCUGGAAGCUUAACGACCUCCAGCUGCUCAGUGAAUAGAGCGUCUUGAUUAGAGCUUCUUAACCCUUUAAUACCAACACCCCCUCUCGCUCGUAACACUGAGCUGUACCAACCUUAAUUCAAAUUUAAACCUGAACAGAAACAUUUAUGAGAUUGCGGACUCAAAGCUUUUGUAAAACCGUCUGCGAGAUUUUCUUGGCUUGGACAAUACUUUAGUUCAAUUAAACCUUGUUUUACACUUUGGCAUACAUUUUGAUAACGGAUAUCCAAGUGUUUUGUGUGUGCCUUGAAUUGACCUGAUUUAGCUAGUUUAAUACAAGGUUGAUUGUCUUCCCACACUCUGAUAGGUAGGGAACAUUCUCCAAACAAUUCUUGUACCAGUUGCUUAUAAAAUUCCAGUUCUCUACAUACAUCUGAUAAUGCAUUGAACUCAGAUUCAGUUGAACUUAAAGCUAUAAGUGAUUGUUUUCUUGAUCUCCAACCAAUUAGUGCAUUUCCAAAUUUUAUCGCCAUUCCUGAUACUGAUUUUCUAUCUGGUCCAGCAUCUGCCCAACUGCUGUCGGCCCAACAUUCAAGUUGUGUGCUGCCCUCCGCUGAUAGUUUUAAGCGAAACCUUUUGGUAGUUUGGAGAUACCUUAAAACUCUUUUUACUCCUUGCCAAGCAUGCAUUGAUGGUUUUUCAGCUUGUCUACACAGCAUGUUGACAGCAUAUGUUAUAUCGGGCCGAGUCCACUGUGCAAUGUGGAGUAGACUGCCUAUCGCUGACUGGUAAACCCCGGGAUUACAGAACUCUGCCUGUUGCUCAGUUUGAGCAUCCUUUGUGUAACUUAACUCCAUUGGGGUUUUAACACCAGCACAGUUGUCCAUUUUAAACCUUUCCAGCAACUGCUGGAUCUUAGCUUCUUGGCUGAGCCAAUAGUUCCCAUCUUCAUCUUGCUGAAUUUUAACUCCUAGAUAAACAGAUACAUUGCCUAGUGAUUUUAUCUGAAACUUUUCUCCAAGCUUUGUGGCAAAUUGUUGUGCAAGUUUAUCGUCCUUUCCACUGUAUAAUAAAUCAUCAACAAAUAUCAAGACUGCUUCUUGUUCACAUCCCGAGCCUUUUAGAUAAAGACACGCAUCUGCUGCGCUCUUUCUGAACCCCAUGCUCUCUAGAGCAUCGUUUAAGCAGGAAUUCCAAUUACGGGCGGACUGUUUCAACCCAUAAAUGGAUUUGUGUAGGCGCCAGACCUGGUUUGGCUUGUCUCCUUCAAAACCUGGUGGUGGCGUCAUAUAGACUUCCUCCUGUAAGUCUGCAUUUAAAUAAGCCACAUUGACAUCAAAAUGAAACAGCUUAUUUCCUUCUUAGCUGAAGAGGCUAAAAGCAUUCUUAAUGACUCCGAUCUUGAAGUAGGGGCAUAGAUUUGAGAAUAGUGAACUCCUUUGCGCUGCGAAAACCCUUUUGCAACUAGUCGGGCUUUAUAUUGCAACUCCUCAGUAGUUGUGGGCUUUAAACGAUAUACCCAUCGACAACCUACAGCUUGUUGCCCUUUCGGAAGCUCUGUACUUGUAAACACACCAAGAGACUUCAUUGAAGCCAUCUCUUUUUCCAUUGCUUCCUGCCAUUUUACGGCUUCUAAGCUUGGAAGCUGUUGUACCUCUAUAUAGCUAUCUGGCUCACACUGUGCCAUAUUUACGUAUACACUUGUCACCUUAAACCGCUCUGGCGGCUUGCCCUUUGUGGCACGUUUUGACCUGCGCAAUUGUUCCUCUUGUGCCCCCUCUGACUGUUGGCUGUCAGAAUCUGUCUCAGACUUUAUGUCUGGACGUGCCUCUAGGGAUAAAGACCUCCGUUUAGAUACCCCCCUUGGGCUUGGUGUUGCAGGCGACCUGCUUCGCUUUUGCUGUCUGCUAGGCCUACUGACUGGCGAUGUUGGAACACUCUUAGAUUCUGGCUUUUCUACUUUAGGAGAAGAACCUUGUGCCUGGUCAGAAUCUGCAUCUGAACCAUCUGCACCGUCCCCUUCUGGCUCAUCACCCUCUGGACUUUCUUUCUCAGCAUAAAUGCCUAAAUCAUCUCUCAAAAUGUCAGGGUUAGCAUGUAAGUGAGUCCAUCCGGAUUGCUCACAAAAUUCAGUGCUCCUACUGAGGACCACUCUUGUAGUAUCCCCAUCUGGGUUCACGAACCUCCAAGAUUUGGCGUGUGGUUCGUACCCACAAAAGAUGAGUUUCCUAGCCCUUGGACUUCCCUGUUUCCUUAACGCUGUUGGGAUCAGUACGUAGGCUUGAGAUCCAAACACCGAAAGUAAUUAACUUUGGGCUUCUUCCCAUAUAAAGCAAAAUAUGGCGUAGUAUCAAUUACCGAAUUAUAUACUCGGUUCAGAACAUGAGUAGCCGUCUGCCAGGCUUCCGCCCAGUAACUUUGAGGAAGUUUAGCAUCAAACAACAUAGAGUUUGCCAACUCUUGCAGAACCCUGUUUUUACGUUCGGCCACACCUCCUUCUUGGGGGGAAUAAGGUGUAGACAGACGAUGCUUAAUUCCUUUUUUCUUAAAGAAAUUCUGCAACACAGACCCGGUAAAUUCUGACCCUCUGUCUGUCUGAAAAGCAAGAACUCGGGUACCAAAUUCAAGUUCUACUGCAUGAACCCAAUUUUUAACUGUUUCUGCAGUAUCUGCUUUUGUUUUGAGAGGAAAAAACCAUGUAACCUUUGUUUUGUCAUCUGAGAGACACAGUGCAUACCUCGAACCUCUCAUGCUAGCAACAGGCAUUGGGCCACAUAGGUCCAUAUGCACAAGUUGGAAUACUUUGUCAGAUUUCCUAUUUGAACUGGGAUAGCUGCAUCUAUGAACCUUCGCCCUUUUGCAUGCAGUACAAUCCAAAUACUUAGUACAUUUGUUCAAUUUGCACCCUUCUGAUAACUCAGGUUGCCUUUUAACAUACUGAAAAUUAAUAUGUCCCAAACGGCGGUGCCAUAAAUGAACACAAGAAUUAUGGGUAGGCGAGUUCACACAACCAGCAUGAACCUGUUCAACUUCAUCUGGACUUGUCUCAAAAUAAUAUAACCCAUCUCUGCAUUCCACCUGCAAAGAGAUGCGUUAUUCUUUGAAAUAGUGCAAACCCCAUUUUCAAACACAGUUUUAAACCCAUUUCUAUCAAGUUCUGACACAGACAAAAUACACCCCUUCAUUCCCUUUAGCACGUAGGCAUCAAUUUCUGUUUGCAAACACUUCAAAAACACUGUGCCUACGGUCUCUAAGGAACGUUUAGUUGAAUCUGCCAUUGUCACAACUUUAAGGGUUUGCAAAUGUCUGCAAUUCUGCAAACGGACACUAGAUGGCGCCACCAGGUGGUGAGAUGCACCACUGUCGAUCAACCAGCGUAGAUUGCUGCCUUGGCCACGCCCUUGCAUCAACGCCAUUGCUGAAGCCAUGUGCUGUGUGCUGUGGGAGUAGCCACCACCUCCUCCUCUUCUUCGACGUCCCCUGGAACUCCUUGUCUGGUAACUAGGGGUGACGGCCUUGGUGCUGUCUUGACCAGGUUCACGUGUACAAUUCCUGAUUAAAUGGGAAGAGGAACCACAGCGAAAACAGUGUCUAGCUGCAAAAGCAUUUACUGUGUGGUCAAACUCAGCAUCCCCACUCUUAGGCACAGCAUAACUCCCUUUGAAGACAAACCUCUUUCUCUUUGCCUUUUAUCCUGUUCAUCUGCAAGUCGAGAAGAAAUGUAUUCAAGGGUUAAUUCAGUUGAAGGCAUAGCUUCCAAAGUUAAAGCUAGAGUCUCAUAGCUUUUAUCAAGAGAAGACAACAAAAUGUAUGACUGCUGCUCCAUAGAGAAAGGAAUGCCCAGCUGUCUUAGUUGAUUAAAGGCAGACACCAUUUUGGCAAUAUGUUCUUUCACACACGCUCCCGGUUGGAGACGUAAAUCAAACAAACAUCUUGUAGCAUGGAUCUUGUGCCCCGCAGUGUUUCUGGAAUUGAGCCGCUGCAGAACCGUCCAGACCUCAUGCGUGUUCUUUAACUCAGAAACAUAAGGCAUUUGCUCUGGUCCCACUGCCAAAACUAGUAGACCUUGGGCUUUCCUGUCGCGUUUCUGUGAAGCUGCCGCUGCUGCUUUGUCUUCUGCAGACGCGUCUGCAGCUGCCUGUAAAGGCGGUGCUUCAGUACAACUCCACAACUCUUUUGCUUGCAACCAAACCCUUACUCUAGCCUUCCAAUCUUGCCAAUUUUUCCCAUUGAGUCGCGUAAAUGGGACAGUAAAACUUUCCUGGGACUCUGCCAUCCUCCCUGGGGCUUAGGAACGAUACUCACAGACCUGUAGACCGUCUCCCAGCUGCUGAGGUGGCCCUCGAGGAAUAAGACGUCUUCCAGCGAGUACAAACUGCGCAGUGCCUCUUUAAAACUUUUCCUAGGCACGUUGCAGGACUCAAGCUGCUUUGAAGGCUUUCGUUGUCGGCAACCGCUUCUGUCUUCGCUCCAGUCCUUUCAUAAAUCACUCUGAACUGCACUCCUUAUCUCCUUCUUGACGUACAAACACCAUAACCUGUCCAGAACCUGUCCCAUUAAACUUUAAUUAGCUUAAUGCUAAUCAAAUGUCCAGUGCGCUUCCGAUGCGACAAUGUGCCAUUACAGCAGAGCAUUUCGCACAGCGGCUCAAGAAGGGCUGGAGAGUCAGCAUCUUUUCAAGAAAGGGAUCUUGGAGCAAGCGGUUUGGAACUCAAAUAAAAGGUUUAUUUACACAAAACAAAAACCCUGGUGAAGAACCACACAUUUCAGCAAACACGCCCCAAAAAAAAGGGGGAAAAGGGGCAAACACACGAGUGAGCUGAUUAUUUAUACAGACUCACAUUCCUGGAAGCUUAACGACCUCCAGCUGCUCAGUGAAUAGAGCGUCUUGAUUAGAGCUUCUUAACCCUUUAAUACCAACAAAGUCACACCAAAGUGAUGUUCCACACUUCCAUCUUGAAUCAAAAUGGGGGCAACAUCCGAACUUUGACAAAGAUCGCUGCCCCCACUUUGUAACCAUUGUGCUUUUAAUUCUCUUUUUUUAUAUAUAAAAUAUUUAUUGAAAUUUUCAAAGUGUUGCGAAAUAAAAUAAAAGCAGAAGAAAAUACAAAAUAAAAAUAGUUAACAAAGUAGAUAAAGAAAGAAAAACAAACCCCUUCCAACCCUACGAAUACAAAUUCAAAAAUAAGAGAAAAAGACAUAAAAAAAACAAAAAUACACCACAAACAAUUUAAGAACAUUUAAAAACAAAUUCAUUAUUCUCGAAUCCUCAACUGUCAUUACCUUCUUUCUUUGACCUCCUCCUCCUCCCUUUCUUUGUAUCCUAGUUAUUAAUUAUCCCAGCAAAUCCUUUCCAUAUUUCAUAAUAUUCUGUCAUUACAUUACCCUAAACAGUUUUAAUCUUAUCUUUCUUUCUAUAAGAAAAUAAACCUUAAAGCUUAAAACUUAAAUCUUAUCCUUACCAACUUCUCAUAACCAUAAUAUUCUUUCAUAAUUCUUUAAACAUCUUUACUAAAGCCGAGUAAUUUCAUUCCAACAUUUUUCUAACAUUCAUCAAUUUUAUAAAACAGUUCUAAUGGUAGAAAAAGAAAUACAAACAGAUCCAAUCUUCAUCCAACGUCCCUUCCUCCUGGUUCCGGGUUUUGUCAGUCCUUAUUAUCCCAUCGAUCUGGCCCAUUAACCUGGCAACCUUAUAUCCGAGGCCCUCAAGUCUCUUCCAUGUCCCUUCCACAGCUCUUCUUCAUAUUUGUAACUGUAUUUUCCCUUGUCUCCUGCUCGUGGUAACUCCAGCUUGGCAAUAUUUUUAACCCUUCUCGACAGAUCAGCCCCUUUUCCAUAUUCAGCACUGAAUUCCAUAUGGUAUUUAAAAGCAUGUUUCAAAGACCUUCCAAAAUUAAGAGCCCCCACAAUCCCAAACAUCUCACGGCCCAUUGCCAGAUUUGAAAAGUCCAAACAUCCCAGCAUGGGGGGGGUCAAUCCAGCCCCCAUUUCCAAGCCAAACCAAACUUUUCCUUUCCAAAUCUGGCUUUUUCCAAGUUCAUUUGUCAAAUCCGAAAACUCAUAUUCCUGUUGGGCCUGUUCUGUCAGGACACACUCCUGAUUUAAUUCCUGGGUGGGCUCCACAUAUUUUCCCACUGUCUGUUCAAAAUUUCCCACUGCCUGUUCAAAAUUUCUAGUCGAAGUCGUCAUCAAAUUCACCUUCUCAUGUAACUGUUCCAGUAGGGCAUUUGUUUUGUAGAAAGCACACAACAAAGCUUCUGAAUACAUUGUCCUGCAAGGUCAAAUGCCUAUUCCCACGAUUGUAAUCUGUAAACAGCUGCCGGCUCCCUGGAGUUGGUUACAGUUUCACAGUCUCCCUCUAGGGGGAAAACUUCUAUUUGUUCUUGCAACAAAGUUUCCCUUUUUGAGAUACUUUGUCAAUAUUUAUUCCUUUAAAAUGCGGAGGGGAACAGUGGAAUCACUAUGUUUCUCUUCUUUUAGCUAUCUGUCAAAAACGUUUGUCUCUGGUCAAUGAACUUCAAACGUCAGUCCUGACACCCCGCUCCAGGAUCAGGACGGAGGAAAGUUGCUUUACUUUAAACUCACUUUAAACAGUCCAAAAAGAUCCCCUUCUUCUCCUGCUGUCGAAGGGGGGUUCCACAAUUUUAAAUGAUGAAAUCCAAUCCUUUAAAGGCGAUUUUCUGAGCUCUAGUUUACGUUGUCUUUGCUUUAUUCUGUCUACAGAAGAACGGAAGGCUGACUUCCUGUUUAGACCUUCCCGUUCCGUACCAAAUUGAAAUAAAUUUUUAAGAUCCAAUUCCUUUCUGCUCGCAAGUCCCCAUUUAAUGUCCAGUUGUUCAAAGUCUAAGUACUCACGGGUGCUUAUUUUUGAGUCCAAAUUGUCCCAGGAAAAAGGCAGCGCUCUCCGGCAACGGCUAUGCGGCUUCGCUCCACGGAAAUAGCAGUUGACUCACAGCACCGCGCCACUUCCCCCUCUUCACUUCGGAGCCCGUUAGUGGGUUCCUUAGCGAGUUGGGGGGGCGCUAAAGGUGCCCGCCGAGUCCCAUGGUCACAGGCUUCAUCCGCCUGUGAUUUUUAAAAGGGUCCCCGCUUCGCCGUAGCGGAGAAGACCCGUUUCCCGCGGAGCUAGUCCCUCCAGUUCAGAGGGAGUCCGCCAUUGCCGAUGGCGCCACCCCGGAAGUGACCAUUGUGCUUUUAAUUCUCAGUGACAAUAUCUUGAUAGGCAUCGAAGCACACAGGGAACGAACAGACAAGCCAUUUUCCAAAAUACAUGGUAGAUAUUAAUACAUUUUCUAGACUGCCUUUCAAAUCAAAGUGUACUUGCACAACAUUCAGUUAAAAUAACAUUAUAAAAUAUGACCAGGAAAGAAACAGCAACGCCGCAGGUAAUGCAACAUAAAAUCACUUCAGAUUCAAAGCUAAGGGUUUUUUUUUCUUUGAAAAGCAAAGUAUUAAAUAAAUAUAUAUUUAUCAUUAUUCAUUCGCCAGGAGCUGGAAAGAUAGCAGUGUGGGCACCUGUGAGCUUCCCUGGGGAGAGCUUUCCACAGAUGAAGCACCACCACCACAAAGGCCCUCUCCCUGGUCAACAUCUGUCACACUUCAUUCAACAGGAGCACCUCAAGAGCUGCCUGUGAAAAUGAAUGGCCUUAGGGUUCUGUGGAUAUGGGAUAGUACCCAUGAAAGAUAUUUAAAAUAAAAUAAAAAAGUUUCUCCCUUCUGUUGCCUUUCUCCUCACCAUAUACUGAACAGUUCUGGAUGUUGUUUCAAGUUUUUGAAAAUUCAUUAUUAAUUACUACUAUGAAAAGAUGAGUGCUUCUCUCUGAUUAAGUCAUCCUAUAGCCCUCUAAAAAAAGAACACAAGGAGCAAAAGGCUACCCAUUCCCCAUGGCAAAUAUACCCUAUUUCAGAAAUACUUUGUUGUUGUCGUUUAGUCGUGUCCGACUCUUUGUGACCCCAUGGACCAGAGCAUGCUUGGCACUCCUGUCUUCCACUGCUUCCUGCAGUUUGGUCAGACUCAUGUUCGUAGCUUCGAGAACACUGUCCAACCAUCUUGUCCUCUGUCAUCCCCUUCUCUUUGUGCCCUCAAUCUUUCCGAACAUCAGGGUCUUUUCCAGGGAGUCUUCUCUUCUCAUGAGGUGGCCAAAGUAUUGGAGCCUCAGCUUCAGGAUCUGUCCUUCCAGUGAGCACUCAGGGCUGAUUUCCUUCAGAAUGGAUAGAUCUUCUUGCAGUCCAUGGGACACUCAAGAGUCUCCCCCAGCACCAUAAUUCAAAAGCAUCAAUUCUUCAGCGAUCAGCCUUCUUUAUGGUCCAGCUCUCUCUUGUCUUACUUUAAAAAGAAGAAGAAAAAGAUUGAUUCUUUCCCCAUCUCUCUUUGGGUGGUGUAUGCUCCCCCUUCUCCAGCACUAAAGUGAAGAUCAGUGUGUUCUUUGUAAGUCAGGAACCUACCUGCCAUCUACAAAAUAUUUAUACCUACUUCAAAGCUCAUCCUGCCCUUCAUUUUAGACAGACAGAUAGGCAGACAGACAGACAGAUAUCAGGAAACUGCAACAAGAACAGGCAAAGUCAUUCCACACAUCUUGGUUUGUACAAAGUCAAGUUUUUCACUGUGUGUGUGUAUAGAAAUGCUGUUUUCCCUCUCUCUCUCUCUCUCUCUCUCUCUCUCUCUCUCUCUCCCCCCUCCCAUUCUCUGCUGCCUCCUAGGCCAACCACACAUACACAGAUUUCAGUGUCUCGUGGAAAAGCUUGAUUUAGCCUAGCAACUGUCUGCAUCUCUCUAGGGAGAUCUUCCUCUCACUUUGGGAACCCCGAGGCUAAAUGGUCAAUUUGCAAGAUGUUCUUCAGCUGUAGGAUUGAAAAUACUCAUUUGUGUUUGUGUUGCUGCAACCCUCAAAAAUGCCCUCCAGAAGAAUCAAAAAGAUGACUGUGGUUGCUUUUGGGGGGGGUUAUAUAAUAAACCCCCACAAUAACAAGGAGUGGGGGGGGUUGCUUUUCUCCCUCCUUUCUCGCUAUUUUAUGCAGCUGCUCUGUCUCCGUUCUACAUCACUGAUGUAAAAAGCUUGUUUCUGCCUGCAGCAAGCAUAUGUCUUAGAGCUGCCUCCAAGUUGCCAGUUAAUUUUCUCUCUCCCCUCCCCUCUCCCGCUUUUCUAGGAGGCUGGAUGGCAUAAAUAACUAUCCUUAACCAUGAAAGUAAAAGAUAGUUGCUUACAAUCCUCUUUAUGAUACAACUUCUUCAGAUCUGGGCAAAAAAUAAAAUGUUCAAGCACAGGUGUUGUCCCGUCCCCCCCAGCUAAAUUCUUCAACCCGCUGGGCACAAUUUAGCACAGACUUAAGCAAGCUUAACUCCCCUAAAAUAAAUUGGCUUGAGUAGGCUUGGCCCUGCGCUGGAUUGUGACAGGCAGAGGGAGGCAUCCAAACCUACUCAAGGGCAAACACUAUUGAAAGUAAUAUAACCGGGAUUCGUACUCGUUUUCUGUAGGUCUUGCAUCAGAGCCAGUGUGUUGUAGUGAGGAUAGUCACUGAUCUGCCUUCCAGGAGAUCUGGAUUCAAAUCCCUGCUCAGCGGGGCAACUUGCCUAUAAUUUUGGAUCCAUUACUUCCUUACUCCUAAUUUGUAGGUAUUCCAAAUGGUUGGGAAGGAAGUGCAAAGAAGUGUAAUGAAUGAGGAAAUAUUCCCUUUGGAUUGUUACACCACUGCCAUCUUGAAAAGCCCAAAUCCAUCUGAAUAAUCCAUUUCCCUUCAGUGCUGUGAUAAACUUCCUCCACAAUAUAUGUAUUAGUUUCAGAAACAAGAUGUUUGGUUUCCUGGCUAACUCCAUAAAGCUGGAAGAAAGAAGCAGAGCAAAUUAUAACACUUCAGUCACAUCCAUCGCAUACGUUGAAAGCAUUCUUAUAUCACUUUAACAGUCAUGGCUUCCCCUCAAAGAAUCCUGGGAACCGUAGUGACCUUAUUAUACCUGUCACUUUCUCUCAGCUGAACCUACUUCACAGGGUUGUUGUGAGGAUAAGUAAAUACUGGAGAGAGACCAUUUUUUCUGAAGCCCUGAAGCCCUCGAAGGAAGGAUGGAGUGAAAAUGUAAUUAAAAAUAAUAUUAUUACAGCCAUGAAAUUAGUUCCAAGGUCACUUCAAGCUUGCCUUUCCUAAAUGAUAGCUCUCCCCCCUGUGUGAGACAUUGUUUUUGAAAAUGGAUCAAAAGAAGUUUCAUAAGAAUAAGUAUAAAAGAUUCACGCAAUCCUGUUUGGGAGGUGGGUGAGUCAGCUGUUACAACAAUGCAAAACUUCGUAGGUUAGAAUUACCAGAUGUCCCUGUUUCCCGGGGACAGUCCCCAGAUUUGCAAAUAAGUCCCGGGGCAAAUUCCAUCCCUGGAAUGUCCCCGGAUUUCAUCUAAUGUCCCGGGAAACGCAGCAGCGGCAGUCUCAGCAGCCCGGAGCAGUUGUCUCUGGCUGGCUUCAGGAGCUGCUUGGAAGUCCCCAUAUGAUGGUGGUGCGGGGGCUCUAAAAUGCAGCUUCUGGGCUGCCUCCACCUUCCCUGACCCCAGCAACUAAGCUGUGAAGGGAGGCUUCAUGCUGCCUAUCGGCACAGCCUCUCAACUACUUGCGUGCAAGCAGGAGCAGGGCAGGGAUCUCUCAGCUGUGAAGGGAGGCUUCACGCUGCCUAUCAGAGCUUGCAUGCAAGCAGCCGGAGGCAGGGAUCUCUCAGUUAGGCAACGGGAAGCCUCCCUUCCCAGCUGAGGGAUCCCCGCCCCCUCCUGCUUGCAUGCAAGUAGGAAUGGGAUUGGGGCUGCUCUGAUGGGAAGGGAGGCAUCGCGGUGCCCAAGCCUCGCCACCGCCACUCUUGGCCCCCCUUCUCUGCCUUCCAUGCAUGACGCACCACGCAUCGCUUCCCUACCACCACCACCACCACCACCGAAGAACCAACAACUCAGGGGCUGCCCAGGCUCAUGGAAAAAAGAGAUAGAAGCCUCGGAGGAAGGGGAAAUGUGGUGGUUGAGGUCAAGGCGGUGGCCGCCCCUCUGCCACCGCCAUCGCUGCAGCAUCAACGUCCUGAACGUGUAGUAUUUGAUUGAUUGAUUGAUUGAUUGAUUGAUUGAUUGAGUGUCCCUGGAUUCAUUGGGGGGAAAUCUGGUAACCUUAUCGUAAGCAGAGAUUCUACUGUGUUGAUGCAAGGUGUUCUUUGACAGUGAUCUGGUUGACUAUGUCCUAAGACACGCUGAGUACCUAUACACAUUUCUUUAAAAAUCCCCCCUCCCCUGUUUGUUUUGCAGGUAGCAACUGUUCUCAUCUCUACACUUGCUCAGCAGCAAACUGAUGCAGCAAUGAAGAAUAACAUCCUACUUGUGUUCAUAGCUACCAGCUUCCCACGUCCCGAAAGCCAUGAAAGAAAGACAGAAAGACUGAAAGGAAGUGAAUGUGGAACCCCAAGUCCAGUUGCUUUGUACAAUGGCCAUUCAUCAUGCAACUAGGAGAAAUUGUUUCUACGUUUGUAUUUAUUUCUUGAAGGACUUUUAAAAAAUAUAAAUGUGUGUGUGUGUGUGUGUGUGUGUGUGUGCGCAUGCGCAUGCACACGCACACGCUCACACACACUCCUUCCAGGGCAAGGGAAGAAGAACCAGGCUUUCACUCUGGACAAAGCUCUUUCUGGUAACGUCGCAUCCUGAUUUUUGAAGCUCUGCAUUGUGAAGCGAUGGGAUGAGGGCUUCUGCAAAUCUGCUCCAUGCCACAGCAGUUCAAAAGGAGGCCAUCCCUGCAAUGGGAACAAUGGAAUAUGCCAACAUCACUUUGGGGGAAGAGAAGCUCUCAGAGUAGCUUAAAGCCUCAUUCAAUCUGAGGGGUUUGCCCUCCAGAAGAAUGCGGUAGGGCAGUUCGUGCUUGGAGGUACAUGUGGUUCAUUCUUUGGCUUUGUUGAGUUCUGCAUCAGUUCCCUUUACAGUGGUACCUCUGGUUAAAUAUGCUUGAGGUUACAGACGCUUCAGGUUACAGACUUCGCUAACCCAGAAAUAGUACCUCGGGUUAAGAACUUUGCUUCAGGUUAAGAAACAGAAAUCGCGCUGCAGCGGCACGGCAGCAGCGGGAGGCCCCAUUAGCUAAAGUGGUGCUUCAGGUUAAGAACAAUUUCAGGUUAAGAACAGACCUCCAGAACGAAUUAAGUACUUAACCCGAGGUACCACUGUAUAUAAGAUCCAAAUUGACACACAUGGUUCCAGCCAUCUUCAGUUCCUCUUGGACUGGAAUGAUAAACUGAGCUAGAAAGUGGGUCCAUUGAACCCAAGAGCCUCAUUGUUCCAGUUUGCAUGUCACAGUAAAACAUAGUUAACGGUUUGCUGUGAAUGCACAAAGGGGGCUGUUUCUUCUCCCCACUAGUGUAUGAAGAAAACAAACCAUGAUCCCUUGUUUAGUGCUAUAUCUGAACCAGGGAGGAUGACUUGGUUUGCUGCAACAAACCCAUGAUCAGUAAGCCAAGAAGAAGCCUUGGGUACAGAGCAUGAUUUAUUGGGAGUGAAACAAACCAUGGUCCCUGGUUCAGAUGUAAUGCUAAGCCAGUGAAUGUGCUUUGUUUCCUGUCAUUGAAAGCUGGGAGGGGCAAACUGGCUAAGAUCAGCAUCUGCACAGGAAACCAUUAACUAUGGUUUACCAUGAUGUGUGAAUGACACCAUUGUCUAAAACUUAUCAGGAUGAAAUCCUUGUGUGCGGUAUUAUUUGGCUAAAUCUUUUUCACAGGAGAAGAUGCUCUGAUUCCAGAGCUUCCCUCUCCUUCUUCAAGUGGGUGAAAUCCUGGCUAAUAGCUAAGCAGUGGCUUCAUGAAAUUCCGUGGCUGGGAGUGGGAUACUGCAAUAGGUGGACUUUUGGUUAGAUACAGCUGGUCAGUUCUUCUAUUCUUGUGGCUUUGUAGAACUAUUACACAUUCUGGAACUGUCGGUGCACUUGCAUGAUCAAACUCAACUAACUCAUUUCCUGUCCGGACAGCUAUGAACUCCAACAAAACCAACAUGUUUGGAGUGAGCAGAGAGUGUUCAGCCAUUGACUCCAAGCUUUAAAUACAUGUGAUGGUGGCAAAAAAAUGCAGCAUCACCCAGAAACAAGACUUGGAACCACUGGGGAGGGAAAUGACUACUGAAAACAGAAAUAUUCAUCCAUUAUGAGUGUUAAAGGGAAACAAAAGCACCUACAAGUAAUUUCUUAUAUUUGUAAUUGGAAAAGUAUUGUCAGCACAUCAAUAAGGUUUGGGGCCAAUGUAGAGUCAAAGAAACAAAGAAUUGAUGGACCCAAAUACCUGAAAAGGUAGAAUGACAUGAUAGCACAAAUGUUUGUUUCUGUGGUGGGCUGUGCUCACAAAAGCUCACUGCUGGUGUUUUUACAUAUGUGUGGAAAUUCUCACACCCAAGAAUUAGAAGGACACUUUUUUUAGCAACUGAGCCACCCCUAAAAAUGAUUCAGAAAUGGCAGGAUACCUACUUGUUUCUUAGCUUGUUUGUAACAUGGGUCUUUUCUGCCUAUGCCAUUUAUAUCAACCUGGGUCGCCUGGCGUGUUUUAUGGAAAAUAUACUUUCCCACUUCGCCUCCUCUGCUCUUCUGAAUCUCAAUAGGGAAUAACCAAGUUAUACUCUCCGUUGAAAUGUCAUAUAUAUUUCAUGCUCGCUGCAUUACAGGAGGGGGGGGGAGAAGUGAUGUCUUAAAUUAGCAAAAUAAUUAGAAGCACAGUAAUGAGGAAAGUAUAAUUUAAAGGAGAAAGAGGCUAUGUGGGAGUUAAGGUUGGCAGGAAAGGUUUGUCAAGCUUUUCGAUUCCCUUGCCAGCUGCUGCUUCUGUGGGAAAUCAUGGAGGUCACCUCAUUAUAGAACAAAGAGAAUCCUGGGAAAUUUCAGAGAACAUUAGCUAUAGAAAAUAUUUGAAGAAUGGGGACUAGGGCCCAUACUGAACCUCUAGCAUUAAGACCAAGCCACUUUUGUUCUUUUCACCAAGAGAAGGAUGAGGUCCAACUGAGAAGAGAAAUUAUAUGAACUUGGCACCUCUUUAAGGUGCUUUUUUUCUUUCUGUCAGGUCUACUGCUGGGCUUUUGAGGGCCAAUUUAUAUGUGGAGAAGCUAUACAAUGUUGCAUCAAGCAAGUGACCCCACACUACGCAGGGCAUUUUCCCCAUCACUUUCCUUGUUGCAAAUAGCCCAGUUUGGGAGCAAGGCUGGAAGAUUGGGCUUGUCAUGCAAGAUCUCCAAAUACACUUUAAAUGCACAACAUGAAUUUGGUGGCAUACGAUUGAAUCCCAUCCGAAACUACUGAUAAUCUGGAAAUGCCCCCCCCCUCUGAAUGUCUUUGUUCAUUGUUUUGCAAAAUUGCAAUUGCUUUGCUAAAUAACAACCUUUAGCAGGGGCAGGGAAGGAACUGAUCCAGGCUGCACAGACUUCCCCAGUGGCCUACCAACCCCCCCGACCCAAUUUCCCAGGGGCGGUGGCGGCAGCACUGCUGAAGAGAAGAAAAGAGUGCACAACGUCAAGCAGGCACAGCAGUUUAAAUCCCCAUCAUGGUCAUGCAGUGCCACCCAGGAUGCAAAUCACCUCCUCCCUGCUCAUCAGAUGAACAGUUUCCACCCCCCAUCAUCCAAUUAUUCAAGCUUCACCUGUCAUUGCGUUGUGUGCAGGAAUAGUUUAAAACUUUGCUGUAACCGUUUCAAGCCCCUACUGUGGCUCCCCAGUAAAGAGAGCCAGUGUGGUGUAGUGCUUAAGAGCGGUAGUCUCGUAAUCUGGGGAACCGGGUUCGCAUCUCCGCUCCUCCACAUGCAGCUUCUGGGUGACCUUGGGCCAGUCACACAUCUUUGAAAUCUCUCAGCCCCACUCACCUCACAGAGUGUUUGUUGUGGGGGAGGAAGGGAAAGGAGAAUGUGAGCCGCUUGGAGACUCCUUACAGUAGUGAUAAAGCGAGAUAUCAAAUCCAAACUCUUCUUCUCUUCUUCUUCUGAGCUCAAGCUUGCAGGCAAUAGAGGAAGGAAGGGCAGUCAUGGUUAAUGGUGGUAGAAAGACCCCCUUUCUAAAUGUGACCAGGUUUUUCACUGUGGUUUGCGAACUUUUUUUUUACUGGCCUGCAGCUAUGACUUUAAGAGCAGCUUGAUAUGCAAAAAGAAAAAGAAAAAAGUAGCAGCAACCUAAUCCUUUUAAAAUCAUACCAGGAAAAGCUUCAUCAGUUAAAUAUUUGUGUGUCAUGUUGUUGUUAAAAACAAGAGUCGGGUAACUACAUUGCAUAUCCUGUGCCUUCUUAUCUGCUCCUAAGCAUGCUUAGUCAGGUCAAGCCCCAUUGAAUUGGAUAGGACUUACUUCCUAGCUGGUAUGCACAGAAGUGUCACUGCCAUCUAGGAACCUAGGAACCAAACAAACCCCUGUGUUGCAAAGAGAACGUCAGCAAUAUCUAAGCAACAUGAUGACCAUGUACAUAUGCAAUAGACAAUCUUUACAGAAUUCCUUCAAACCAUAAUAAGUACAAAAUGAAAUCUGUUAGUAGCAGUGACUACAUUCUUAUAUGAGCACUGUUCCACAGCAUUUGAUAUUUUCAUUUAUAUGCAUUCAUUCGAAAUAAGAUGGAGUAUGUACUCUUUUUCAUUACUGUUUGUAUUAUAGUUUAUAAUUUUUGUAAAGUGAUAUGUCAUGCAGGUCAUCGUCUGUAAAAUUUUAUUUUCAGUUUAUGAAGUAAUUCUAUAUCCUCCCACCACACUGAUGAAGAAUUCUACGAAACAGUAGUCAAUAUCCAGAAUCACUGUUCAGUGUUGGGCAUCAUAUUUGCUGAAUACACAAAGCUUCACAGCUUGUCUUUCAUCGGUACCUUGCUUCAUUUAAAGAUUUUCAGAGACUUUGAGACUAAAGAUUUCAUUUUGUACUUACUAUGGUUUGAAGGAAUUCUAUAAAGAUUGUCUAUUGCGUAUGUACAUGGUCAUCGUGUUAUCUAGGAACUAGUAGCAGUCUCUGGCUGUCACAGGCCAUUCUGGUAAAAUACACGCCUUACUUUGCAAAAGGUCUCAGCCCCUGCAUUUCCACACAUGGUUGGAAAGAUUCCUGUCUGAAUCUCCAGAAAGCCACUUCCUGUCAGACUAGAUGAGCCAGCGCCAGCUUCCUGCUUCUUGGGGACUGUUUGCCUAUCCAGAGGCUACUGAAACAAAAAUGCAGAAAGUGGAAUGUUGGUAGGAUUGUGUGUGAAGAGUGUGAAGUAGAGCUUUCAGGAAGGACUUCAGGAUUCCUGUCAAGGAUGGCUCUCCAGAUGUUGUGGGACUACAACUCCCAACGUGCCUGGCCAUUGGCCAAGCUGGCUGGGAAUUGGGAUUCAGAAACGUCUGGUGUGUUGCAGGUUCCCUGCUCCUGAUGGCAGCCUUCUGUUGAGCCACAGAUUGAAGAAGGACAUAGCUUGAGGGCAUGCCUUUGAAAUGUUCUGGCAGCUGGAUAAAUAACUUCCAAAGGUCCCACUUUAUACAGAGCCCUCACCUGUGUUGCAUAUGUGGAGAGACAGGCCAGCUUCCAGAAAAUGAAAAUAAAUGGGACAGAGUUUGUGGCAUCUUUGGCCUUGCCUUGUGAUGAGGGGAUGUAAUUGACCAGCAGAACUGUAUGAGGUAAGGUCGCAUCCAAACCAUACAUUUAAAACCCUGUUAUACUACUUUAACAGCCAUGGCUUCUUCCCAGAGACUCAUGGGAACUGUAGUUACCUUGAAAUAUAAAACAAGCCUGCUGGAUCAAGCCAAUGGCUCAUCUAGUCCAACAUUUUAUUCUCAUAGUAGCCAACCAGGACCACCAAACAGCAUUCAGAAGCUUUGCUGCCCCUGUACGUAGUUUGUUAAGGGAUGCUGGGAAUUGUAGCUCUAUGAGGGGUCUUCUAACAACUCUCAGCACUCUUAGCAAGGGUUCUUUGGGGGAAUACAUGGCAGCUGAAGUGGUAUAAGAGUGUUUUAAAAAUAUGGUAUAGGUGUGACCUUGUAACAGGUAUGCUACAGACCAGCAGAAGGAUGCUUUCAGAACUAACAGAGAAAGGUCCUUUGAGAAGAGUGAGUUGUUUGUAAAGAGCUGUUAAGAAAGGCUUCAAGCAGGCUUUGUGGCAUCUCAUUGGGACUAGUGGUGUAGUCCUUGAAUUUCAUGAAUGACAUUAACCUUCUGUAUUGUCAAAGCAAAAAUGAAAACAACCGCGGUGUUAACAAGAGAAAGAGAGGAAAUGUCAACGAAGUUGUUUUGUGAUGUUUGUUUAUGAUGGUGGGCACUUGGCUAUUAUUAAACAUGCUAUG